AUGCGCGCCCGGCCUCGCGCCGGACCCUAUGCGGCGGCGGCGGCGGCGGCGCCUUCCCCCCUGGCGGCUGAGGGAGCGCGAGGCGCCGAGAGAGACUCACCGAGGCGCAGGGGCUGGAGGUGGCGCUCGGGGUAGGCGAGCGCUGGACCGUCACCAGAGCCAUCGGGGCGCGGCGGCGGGGCCUCCCCGGCCGGCCUGCCGGGAGCCUUUUCCCUCCUUUCCCUGUCACUCCAUGGCCGGGCGGCGGAGAGGCUCGGAAGGGGAGAAGGGGGGAGGGCGGGCGGCGGCUGAGGCGACCGCGAGGGGAGGGAAGGAGGGCGCGUCGGCGUCGGCGGAGACCACAGCUGCUGCUGCGGCGGCAGCUCCUCGCCCGCCAACGGUCUCUCGCCGACUGAGGCGCGGCGGGGCUGGGCCGGCCGGGCACAAUGAAGCGCCAGCGCGCAUGCGCCACCUGUCAAGCGGGGGGCGCUCCGCCUCCUCCGGCGCCCCGCCCACACGCCGCCGCUCCGCCUCCCUCUGCAGAGCUUAACCCUCGCGCUCCCGGUGCUGCGAGAGCGUCUAGGUCAGUGCGGCUUUUGGGGAAUGGCUCACCCCGCCCCCGACUCCAUAAACUCAUCCCCAGUGUCCCUAUAAAAAUGCAUUCCGCCCCGGUACCCUGUUUUUUAAAAAAGCAUUAUUUAGGGUACGGCAUGACCCACUAAGGAAGGUAAUAACGGCGCAAUGGAAUUCAAAGUAACAGUUAAUUGCGGGUUUGUUCCAAAGUCCGAUUUAUAGCCAUAGGUCCUCGGAAAGAGUAACAUAUAGGCGCGAGUGUGUGACACGGGGUAGUACAAAAAUAAAGAGAUGCUCCGAUCUCAUCUUGUAGCUAAAAGAAAAGAAUAUACGGCAAAGAAUAUUGCAUGGAGAAUUAUUUUUGCGCAUACUAAGGAAAACAUAAGAGUGAAGGAAAUUUAUAGCAUAAUAUAUUUAUAUAUAACAUGCACAAAGCUUCAUCUACAUACCUACAAGAACUGAUUUAUGAGAAAACCAGUAGCUGUUACCAGUAAUUGGCUAGCUUGGGAAAACUCAGAAUUGUAAAUAUGUAUCCAAAGGAAAUAGCUUUGAAAGCAAUGAGCAGUAAAACUUUAAAUAAGAAGCAAGGAAGGUGUUUUGCUUUAGGCUUCGGUCUGGUCAAUUGUAAGUAAAUAAGCAUUCAGAGGGGCCUCCUUCUGCAACCCCUUGCCACCCCCUUGCCUCUUAGUGCCCCCCUAGGUAAUCCCAGGGGGGCAGUACUAACCUCUUUGGGACUCACAGCUCUAGGUGCAAACAAGAGUUGGGUAGCCCUUUCAAGGUUGCUGGAUUCCCAGCUCCCAACUUCAGUCCCAGCAGCCAGCCACUGACCAAUGCUCCAAGGAUGAGGAUGGGAGGUGAAGCAGACACCUUUGGAGGGCCAAAGAUGUUCUCAGGGCCAGAUAAAGACAUUUCAUAGAAUCAUAGAAUCAUAGAGUUGGAAGAGACCACAAGGGCCAUCGAGUCCAACCCCCUGCCAAGCAGGAAACACCAUCAGAGCACUCCUGACAUAGAGGCCCUAAGCACUGAAAAGGUUAUGGUACUGUCAUAUGUAAUUUGAAAUAAAAGCCAACCUAAGCUGUAAAAUAAAACUUCAGUUUUCAAAAUGUCACAAACAUAUGCCAAAUAUAGACAUAUGUCAUUCACAACACAUUGCAGGAUUUAUUUUCUCACAUGAUCUGUGUUAAUUGGAUGCCCCCCUCGUUGAGAUGGGGAUAAGUAAUGAAAAGAAACCAGAAAAAUGGGGAAAGAGUGUGUCAUGAGAUGUUAAGAAAUCUAACAAAGUUCUGAUUUCCCUCAAUUUUCCCCCAAUGCUUUUUAAAAAAGAUCUACAGUAUAUCAAAUUUGUUCCAAAAACGUUCUCAUUUUUUGGUGCCCCUGCCUUACUGGUACCCUAAGCAAGUGCAAGACUAUAGUCCUCAUGAUUCUAACUAAAUACAUGGUUAAGCUAGGAAGCUGCCUAAAACUGAGUCCAUUUAGCACAGAAUUGUCUACACUGACUGGCAGCAGCUUCCCAGGGCUUCAGGUCUUUCCCAGCCCUAUCUAGAGAUUGAACCUGGGACCUUCUGCAUGCAAAGCAGGUGUUCUACCACUGAGCUAUGAUUCUUCUCCCCUGCUUCAUUUCUGCACAUUAAGGCACAAGAGCAGUAAAAAGGUAUCAAUGUACUGUCAUAGAAACCCAGCAAACUUCGAAAGGCAUUCUCUAUUUGGCCACUGAGCUCAGGCUUGAAGUCACAAUCAUAUUACGUAUCUAGGGUAUUCAGUUGAAUAAUAUAAACAGAAUGCUUGACUCCAUGCUCUGAUUAAAUCUGUGACACCAAGUUACUUUCCCUGUGAAAAGUUGUCUGCAAAAGGGUCCUCCUUCUGCUGCUGGACUGCAAACAAAAUACUCACCAUUCAAGCCUGGCCGGUUACAGUAUAUACAGUACAUUUCUUGGCCUUGCGUCCAGGGAUUCCAAUGAUAUUUGAGAACAUUCUGUAUUUAAACACACAAAAAUAUGGAAAGCCAUUAAAAUGUCCAAGAAGAACAGCCAAAAGCAGCAUGAGAAUCAGCAAGUGUGCGCAUUUUUCUGAAAAGGGAACACAUAGGGGAAAAGUCAAUGAAAAGCAGAGAGCAGGGUAUGCACAAAUGUUAAGAACUGCCAGUCAGUGUAGACAACGCUGAGCAAGACAGGCCAAUGGUCUGACUCAGUCAGCUUCCUGUGUACCUAUUUAAAUCAGGCAGUCAUUCAAAGCCAUGAGGACUGGAAAAUUUCUUUAUUCUUAAGGGAAGGACCGUAGUUCAGCGACAGAGAGCAUCUUGCUUUGCAUGCCGAUGGCGCCAGGUUCAACCCUGGCAUCUCCAGGUAGCGCUGGGAAUAUUCCCGCUGUCUGAAACCACAUUCUAGUCUCCCAUAGCAUCCUUUGAAAAAUAGCGGAUGAAGGAGGCAGCCCCAAAGAUUAGGGUGCUGAGGCCUCUCUGCUUAAAACAUCAUCAGUGGCCCAAUCAGGAAAAUGCUAGCACCCUGUUUUCACUAAUUAUUAUUAUUAUUAUUAUUAUUAUUAUUAUUAUUUAUUAUACCCCGCCCAUCUGGCUGGGCUUCCCCAGCCACUCUGGGCGGCUUCCAAAAAAAUAUUAAAAUACUGUAAUACAUCAAAGAUUAAAAGCUUCCCUAAACAGGGCUGCCUUCAGAUGCUCAUGUACAUUUAAAGUUCAUUACUACCCAUAUAUAUAUAUAUAUAUAUAUAUAUAUAUAUAUAUAUAUACUGGGAAUUGUGGUUUAUUCCCCCCCCCCCACAGAGCUAUAAUUCCCAGCACCCUUAACAAACUACAGUUCUCAGGUUUCUUUGGGGAAAUUCAUGUGUGUUCAGUGUGCUUAAAUGUAUGAUGUGGAUGUGACCAAAGGAAAAAUGCCUUGCAUUCAGGGCCAGAUGAGAAGCAUCGCCUUGAGGGCAAAAGACAAACACACACACACACACAGAGGACAAUUGCUAGUCCUGAAGGAGAGCCAUUUUGUUUGCUGAUUUCCUACUGUUUAAGUCCCAUCUGUCCAGCACAAACUUAGAUGCUCAAAGCAAGGGGUGGGGAAAAGACGCUAAGUAGAAGAGCAGAUCAUUACCAGCAAAAUAUUCCAUAACCAAGUUUUAAUAGCUGGCUAGCCUGAGUCCAGUGGAACUACUAGUCCACUCAUGCUGUCAUGCACCUUCUGCUGGUUUUCAGACAGGAAAUCGCACGGAUUAAUUUUUAAUGUAUUCACAUGUUCUACUUAAUGUUUAAAAUACGCUCAUGUCUUAAUUGUCUGGGCUCUGUGCGGACUCUGCUGUCUGCGCAGUCAACAAAUGGUUGGGGGGGAGCAGAAGGGUUUCAGCCAAUGUUAUUUCCUGGGGCGGGGAGUUCCACAGCCUCCAUGCUGAUGACAGAGGUGGUCUCUUCUGUUCACCCUUGCCAAAGAUACGUUUGGGGGUGGAAGAACAUAAGAGAAAAGCCUACCCUGAAGACAUGGCCAAUUGCAGAACAUCUUAUUUGCACGCAGAAGGUCCCAGGUUCAAUCCCUGACAGCAUCUCCAGGCAGAACCAAGGAGGUCCCAUCCCGGAAAACCUGGAGAGCUGCCGCAGGUCAUUGUGGACCACAGUAAGCUGGACAGCACAAUGGCUCAGCUUUAUGUAAGAAGCCAUGAUGGUUCAGGUUUGGGACCAUCUUAAAUGUAUAGAUAAUAAUUGUGCCCUCAGAAAAGGAUGGCUGAAAUCAGACCAUGCCUGCCCUGUCAGUUAAUUACAGCACAAGCCUUAAGUGUGCAUACUCAGGAGUAAGCCCCACCGAAUUCACGCUGCCCGGCUAGCUUUUAAUGCGCACCUCUUACUUGUUUGCUGGGCCAAGGAGUUUUAUCUCAGUCCCAUCGACACAGUUCUAAAGGCUACCUUUUAUAUCAAAGAGCCCACGAGGGCGUUGUGACCAGGUGGCCCCAGGAACAUGCCCUACUCUCUUUAUCGUUAGGAGUCCGCCAAAAGCCUUUCCCAGAAUUUGACCUGCAACAGACCCAUUCUCUGCUUACAGCCUCAGGGGAAAAACAAGCCAUCUACCGCCAUCACCGCAGCUCCCUUGCUGCCCUCCAGGCUGUUUGAGGCACUUGCUGAAACGUGUGAUCUCCUCUUCCCCCAGGAAGGGUCAUGCGGCUGUCACUGCCUCCUCCCAGCGUAAGACUUGGCUGUUAACUCUGAUCUCUCGUCUCUCUCAUUUUAUUCCUAACAACACAGUGAUGUCAUUGCAGCAAGGCUCAACACGAAGGCGCUCACCCUCCUCCAGCUGCCAGAAAAGGGAGAUGACCCACCUCACUCUGUAGUUGGAAGCCCAGCAACCCCCUGGGGACUGUUGCUCGGCAACAGUCAAACACACACAGAAGAGUAAGAUUCUGUGAGAGUCCUCUGGAUUCCCUGCUAAGUUUCUCGGUGGUUAAAAUUAGAUGGCUCUCUUCCUUGAAUCCCCAGGCAACUCCAGCAUAGCUUGGGAGGGGGGCAUCUCCCUUUCUGGAUGCUGGCUCUGAAGGUAAGGGAAGACAUGCGAUUUCUGCGCUGCUCUUUGGAAGGGUCGGGCUUUGGAGAGCUUAGUGAAAGAAAAAACGCCAGGAUACUAGAGUACCACAAACCACCUUUUGUCACUGACGCUGCCAGCAGUAGGGUUUACGCCUUGCAUAUUCACCUAGGAGUAGGAAAGAUACCUUGGAGAGCUGCUGCCAGUCAGUGUAGACAAUGCUAGCUAGCUAGACCAGCAGUCUGGCUUGCUGAAAGGCAGCUCUCUAUGUUAUUUACACCAGCCCAUUAUUCAGAGUCAUAAGGGCUGGAUGCUUGGGGGAAGGGCUCUGUGGCAGGACAUCUGCUUUGUGUGCAGAAGGCUCCAGCUUCAAGCUCCAAUGGCACCACCAGGUAGGGCUGGAAAGACUCCUGCCUGUCGGUGUUGACCAGGGGAACCGCUAUAGGAACGGUGGCUUACAAAACAACUGCAGCUCAGUAGAUAAUACUGAAUUUGAUGGGCUGGAGGUCUGGCUCUGUAGACAGCAGCUCCUUCUGUUCCCUUCUCUGUGAUUUUAACAUCCGUCUCGUACCUGGUUCACAUCGGGCUGAGGGAGAAGUGCUUAUCCCAAGGGAGCAGAAGAUGCUGUGGCGAGGGAGAGCAAAGAUCAGAGAAGGGAAUGGAGAAAGAGAUCUGGUUGGCCACUGUGAGAACCGGACGCAGGACAAUCCAGCAAGUCUCAUCUUAUGUUUUCACAGUCAUAGUACUGUAGAGCUGGAAGGGUUCCUGAGGUUCUCUGGUCCAACCCAAUGCAAUGCAGGAAUGUGCAGCUGUCCCAGACAGGGAUCCAACCUGCAGCCUUGGCGUUAUCAGCACCACACUCUAACCAACUGAGCUAUCCAGUGCUGUCUGGUCCAAAGGCUAUAAAACUAAGGGACGUUAAAGCUCACCUCACGUCAUAUGAUGAGUGGGAAGGGGUGAUGAUGACAGCCUAUACAGGGGCCACAUUACAACCCCUCGAUAGCUCCCUUGUCUCUUGGCUUAAGGUGAGAAGGUGGGCACAGCUCUUCUCAACCAUUCGAUUUGUGGCCCCAGUGUCUACUCUCCCUUAUUCGUCCAUGUUGGCAAGCAGGUAUCCAGGUGUUCCGCACAAGAGGUGAGAGCAGAAGGCCGACAACAGGAUCACAGAGAAAAUGGGCCUUGUAUUUUAAAAAUCCAAAGUAUGUGGUAGCAAUUCUGCCUGCAACCAAAUCUUAGGGCUGCAGAGCUCUUGCAAUUUCAUAGUCUCUGAAAUGGCCCUCUGCUGGGCAUCCAGGAAAAAAACCACAGAAUGGGUUCUCAAGAGCGAAACUAGUGUGAAAUUGGUGACCUUGAUGGAUCUUAAGGCCCAUCUAUAAUGGGUGGCUGGAGGGGAAUAGUUACAUCCACUAGAAUCAUACCACACAUGUUCCUAUUUAAAUCAGCCCUUAGUUUAGAACCAAGAGGACUGGGUUCUUGCCUCUUUGUUGUUGUUGUUGCUGCUGCUGUUUACUUUUUAUUGUAUUUAUAUACAACCAAAAAACAAGAACAACAAUAUCAACAAGGUAAGAUAAAAAUAUUGUUGAAUAGAUUAUUGGGAAACCAUUCAGCUACGAGGGAAGGGAAGAUAUAACAAAUACAAAAUAAAGGGGAAAGAUAGGCCUGAUAUCAUCAAUUAGCAGUAGUUAUAUUUAAUCUGAGACUGUCCAGUAAAUGUAAGUAUUCCGUAAUGUUAUCUGACUCGAUUGAAAUUGUAACGCAUAUUCAUUGAUAUUAAUAUGAGUUAAAAAUGGCCACCAUACUAUAUAAAAUUUGUUGGUUUUUUUGUUUUGCAAGGUCUGUAGCCACUUGGUUGUGAUACGCUGGAGACAUUCUGAAAGGGCUGCCCCAAUAUUUUUGGGGGGUUACAGCCCUUGCUUUGCAUGCAAAAGGCUCCCAGUGCCUCCGGGCAGGGCUGGUAAGGACCCCUGGCUGAAACCUGAAGAGCCGUUGCCGGUCAGGGUAGACAGUACUGAGGUAGAUGGACCCAAUGCUCUGACUCCGUCUACGUUCCUUCUUUUUCUGAUGUGCAGAGUGAAACAUGGAUAUAGAACCAGAGAAGAGCGAGGCGGGUUCUGAGAGAAGCCCCGUCAGCGAGACACAUUUGGAAGAAGCAACAAGCAGCCCAAGCGGGGCGGUUCGGCCGCUGACUCCGCGGACAGAUGCUCAGUGGAAGUCCAUUUUCUACGAGACCCUGCAGCCGAGGGCUUUGGAUCUGCAGCAGACGAGGGUGGAGAAGCUCCGCAACAGCAAGAUGGUGCAAAAAAAAGCCGAGAAGAAAGAGCCUCCGGACAAGCUGUCUCGCGACUGGUUCAACGACGAGAGUAUGACCCUGGAGACUCGGGCCUACCUGGUUGAUAAGCUCCUCCCCACCUUGGUCCCUGGCGUGGAGAAGCUGCUCAUGGCUGCGGAGAAGAAGAAGGCCCUGGAAAGGAAGGAAUCAGAACCCCUUACCUUUGACCCCAUUACUUUCCUGGGAGAGUACCUGAUGAGGCACAACCCAGCCUAUGAGAUUUCCGCCAUGCCCAAUCCCUACGUGCGUGGAUUGAAAGCCGUCGCAGACGAGCUGAAAACCAAAGUGCCCGAGACCACCUUGCACAAGUGAGUGUCUCUAGCCUGCAACCUCCCUUUCACAAAGCCUGGUCAGCCAUUGUGGAUGAGGAACGGUCGAAGCGGGUAAAGGGAGGCGGGUAGGAAGAGUGCGACUUGCAAUCCUCCGAGGUGUUUGUCAGCACAGCCACUCUGACUUCCACCAGCACGUCAUGACGUGGAAGCAAAGGCUGAGGAGACAUGUUCAGUACGGGGACUCGGGCAGAGACACAGAGGGUGGGUUGUUUUUAUCUCUACACACUCCAAGAGCCGACCUCUUAAGAGCAUGGGAAUGCAAGUGCGUCCUGCAACAAAAUGUUGCAGUAUAUCCCCAUUGCCUUAAGGAGUGCACCUCCUCCUCUGCAAUCCCUGUAAAAGGGGCUCUAGCAGGCCAUUCUACCACCCCCAAUUUUCCUCCCCCCUUUUUUUGUUUUCCAGCUGACCGGCAACAUUCCACGCCCCCUACUCAGUCUUUGUUUGGGGCUGGCUGGAGUAUGGGGCAUACUUCAGGAAUCCCACCCAAGCAUGCUGAUAACUCCCUCUUCUUUCUUAGUGACCUGUUUCGGUCCCUAGUUCUGUUGGCACACGUCAGCUGUGAUCACCAUUAGAGGGAAGUGAUCAGUCUAAUGACUCAAUUAGUACAGUAUCCUGCAUCCCCAACCCCCACCAUUAGCUGUUGGCACCUGUCUGUCUCAAGAGACAAUGGAGUAUACCUUUGGGGGUGAACCGCUGGAGAAUCACAGCGCCUGUUGUGGCUGCAGACUAGUAACUCGCAACUGUUGCCUCCUGUGUUGUUUUUGCUGUGUUAGCAGCACCAAAGUGACCUCUCCAGGGCACAAGUUUGUAUGGAGGUCCUGGGCUGCCCAGAGAACAAGAUGCCCCCCUAGCCUUCUGAUGUGGUCCAAAGGAAAGGAAAGCGAGACGUUUGGCACCAGCUUGGCUGCAAGAGUUUCUGGAAGGAGGCAUACAGGGUGCCAUCCAACUGCCUUAGGGACUCCACUCCUGAGUUGUGUAGUCACAAAGCAUUAAUUUAAUUCAGGGGACCGGGAGGAAAGUGCUGCUCAGCUGUAAGAAAUUUCUGGGGCGGGUGGGAGUAAGGCACCCCGGUUCAAGUCCCGUUACCCCUGUGCCCUGCAGGCUGGAACAGAUGAAGACUCUGGUCAAAGAAAAACGCAAGCAAAGGGAGCAGGUGGAAAAGAUCAAGACUCACGUGAGAGACAUGCGGAAGGAGGCUCUGUCCAUGCAGUUCAAAGAGUGGACGAUGGAUCUCACAGGACAGAUCCCUGUUCUGCUGGUAACGUUGCCCCCACCCCCCCACAAAAAAAGAAAGCCAGGGCGACUGGUUGGUUUGAAAGCCACUCUCCUUCUGCCAUAUUGCUGGCAGUGAACAGGCCUGGUCUGAAGAUGGCUGCCGCUCAGCCCCUCUCCCUCAGUUCUAUGCCUACUGUUUUGCAUGGUCUCGCUGAGUGCUUGGUCAGCAACUAUUUUUUAAAGAAGAGCUAAAUUUCCAGUUCUGAAGAACCCGCAAUAGGAAAAGCACUACUUAGGGCUCACCCACACUUCUGCUUGGCCUGUAUUUUGAUCGUGUUGUAUCCCAAUUAAUUCCCCCGGGCCUGAGAGCUUUUCUUGUUGUUUCGCACCUGUGCCCUGUAGAAAUCCUAUCUUACCCACUGAAGCUUGAUUAAGCAAAAUCUCUCCGGAUUUUCCAUGCAUCAGGUAAGAUCUGAUUCAGUGGAUAAGAUCGGAUUUUCGCAAGGCAGGGUCGUCCCUAGGCAGACCACACAUUUGUAAGUAAGGAAUCAGACGGAACCAAAACUGCACAACGACGCACCUACCCCAGUUCCCAUUUACCCCCAGGCCUGGCACCCCCAACUCAGAGCCCAUAGUCAAGAAGUCACCUCCAGACCAGUGCGUCAUCCAACUUCUGAUAAUUCAAAUAGCUCAGCUGGUAGAGUAUGAGACUCUUAAUCUCUGGGUCAUGAGUUCGAGCCCCACACUGGGCAAAAGAUUCCUGCAUUGCAGGGGGCUGGACUAGAUGGCCCUCACAAUCCCUUUCAACUUGCCAAUUCUAUGCUUCUAUGCGUCCGGCUCUGAAUGACUCGUGAGGCUGAGGGAUGCUCCUCCCAGCCCAACAGAGCCUGGAUUGGAUCAACAGGAGGCCUCUUUUUGACCAGCCCUUGAAAUGGGUUCUUUCACUUGCAGAUCCAAAGCGCCUUGAAGUCAUUCAUGGAGUCUGUCUCUUCAGAACUCAGUGACGAUGGGACAGGUAAUGCCACAUCCACCUUCCCUCGGUUCCACAAGCUCUGAUCCAAAUAACUCCAGUCAAGGAGGGGUGUUCCUGAUUGCUGGGAGGGGGGGCAAGGAAUCGAUGCACACAGAGCCCUCAGGAACAUUUGGGGUUCUCCAUCAGCAAAGGCCCCUUCCAUCUCUGUGUUUCUGCAGAACCUUCGAAUGCAUCACAAGUAGCCAAAGAGCUGUGAUGCAAAGGCAGGUGCUUCCCUCUAGCAGUCUCCCAACCCUGUUCGGCCUUACACCAGCCUUCCUCAACCUGGUGCCCUCCAGAUGUUUGGGACCACAAAUUCCAUGAUUCCCAGGAAUCAGGUUUCAGGGGAGCUGUAGCCUGAAAGAUCUGGGGGACACCAGGUUGGAAAAGGCUGAAGGGUCCUCUUCCAGCCAGGCUGAGAUCCUGCACUGCAAGGAGCAAAGCUUAGAGGGGUUGGCCUUGCAGAAGGGAAAGUGGGCGGCAAGUUGCGGGGUAAAGGCCAGCUUCUGCAGGAUCUGGGAGAAAUCCUCCAGGCAUCAGCGACUGUAUAUAGGUUCUCAGAUGCAAUCCAUGUGUUACGCUGGAGCUCUAACUUCCAGUGUUAUUUUGCUCUUCAAAAAGUGGAGGAUUCCCUGGCGUCAAGGCUCAGGAUGAGGAAGCCCCAACCCUUUCCCUCCCUGCUGUGGCCCUCACCCAUAACCACCACACAGCCACAGGCACAUGGUAUCUAUAUUUUCCCCUUUUGCUAAUAGCCACAUCAGACAGAAGGGGAUUAAGUCCUAGGAUUCAGAUAAGGGCAGUAGCUCAGUGGCAGGGCACCUGCUUGGCAUGUAGAAGGUCCCAGGUUCAAUCCCAGGUAGGGUUGGGAGGGACUCCUGCCUGAAUACCGGGAGUGCCCCUGCCUGUCGGUAUAGAUCAGGCAUGGCCAAACGUGGCCCUCCAGAUGUUUUGGGACUACAGUUCCCAUCGUCCCUGACCACUGGGUCCUGUUAGCUAGGGAUGAUGGGAGUUGUAGUCCCAAAACAUCUGGAGGGCCAAGUUUGGCCAUGCCUGGUAUAGAUAAUACUGAGCUGGAUGUCUCGGUUGUCUGACUUGGUAUAUAAGGCAGCUUCCUAUGUGGGGGCAAAGGGUUCUGUUUCUCCACAUCCUAUAGAUUCAUGCCCAUAGCUGCUUUCUGAAAGUGAAAAUUACAUCAGGAGUCCCCGUCCCUGAACUCCCAGUAUAACAUGUAGUUCGGCCAUUGCAGCUGAGACAUUGAAGCUGUCAUGGUGCUGCCAGGCAAGGAAUGUCCAGAGUGAGGAAUUAACUCGUUAUUGUCAAAUGUACACAUACAAGUUAGGAACAGGCAGAUCCAUCAGUCCUGUGUCUCUGAGCUACUCCUAGAGGUGCUGUGCUGGUCCAAGGGGGAGGUUACCGUGGGGCGAGGUCCAGGACCUGAGUUGAGGGUCGGCAGACAGUCCUCCUCGGGUGAAGCGGGGUCCACAGUGAGAAGCCGGGCAAGGACAGGAACUCUGGGGGAACAGGACUGGAUGCUGGCCGAAACAGCUCUUCAACGACGUUGCUCCUGCAACCUGGGACCGGGCUGACUGGCCUUUAUCUUCUCUGAGGCCAGGGGCGGUCCCGGCCCCCAGGAGACCCGCCUCUCCUGGCCUUAAGGUGAGCACGCCUCCUGGGAGAAACCAGUUCCCUUCGCCUCUCUGCCCUGAGCCUCUGCAGUUCAGGAGAGGCUGAAGGGUUACUGGACCCAGGGGGAGACUCACCUGUAGGCACUGAGUCCUCAACCACCUCCAGAGCCAGGGUGGAUUCACCUGGUGCCUGCUCCUGAGGAUCCGGCACAGGUGCAGGUGCUUCAGAAUCAAGGCCCUGCCCCAGUUCAGCUGGCCGUGGAGGCGGGGACUCCUGUGCAGGCUGGGAUUCCUCCGGUUCAGCCUCUGAAUCGGAUUCCCAGGCUAUCACAGGUGCACUAGAUGAGGCAGCUGCCACAACAGAGAGGCCCCAACCUUGGUUUAUGCAUCUUCCGCACCCGUGCUUCACGCAAGCAGGUGAAGACUAUGCCUGUAUGUAACUGCUUCUGCUCCUCCCUCUUCAGUCCUCUUCUGGUCCUGGGAGACAGUGAAGCAGGAGAGGUGUGGGCAGGAGGAGGAGGAGGUGUGGAAACCCUUGACUCUUCACCAGACUGACCUAUCUCUCCUUCCUUCUGCACCUGUUCCUCACUCUCCAAUCCUUCACCUUCUCCUGCCUCCAGCUCUCAUUUCUUAGCUGUUACAGGCUCACCCAGAUCACUGAUCCCUUCUGCCAAGUCAGUCUCACACCCCUCUUCUCCCACUGCCCUCUCAUCAGUAUCCAGCCACCACUGCUCAGAGUCCAGCCAGUCUCCGGCAGAACCACAAACUAAGAGUCGUAUCUGUUGCUCACUUAAUAUGACCAGCCAUGUCUUUUUAGGAGAAGGCUGAAAGUGGGCAGGAGAGAGGGGAGACCAGGGCCACUGCCAGUCUGCCCGAGGCUGAUUUGUAAAAAUGGACUUGCGAGGCAUGUAGCCUGUGGGUCAUAUGUCGCCUGCCCUUUAGCGAGAUGCUUGUUCUUCAGGUAACCAGCUGCUCUUUGCUUCCUGGAGCCAUCCAUUUAGCAGAGCCCAACGCACUGAGCGAGCAUAAAGCUGUUCUUUAUGGGGUCAUGAAAAUAAUUUACUGCCCGUGAAUGUCUUCAGGAGCCAGCAGUAAAUGAAGUCCACUGGGUGUUCUCUGGUUAGUCUUCUCUGACCCUGUGGUGGAAGUCCCCCUGGUGGUAACAUAACAUUUCUCUCUCUCUCUCUCUCUCUCUCUCUCUCCUGACAUCCCAGAGAAAUAGUCUCUAGACUUGCCCCGUCCUUCACCCCUAUCUUCUGCCCACCCUAAAACGCAGCUUGAAGAUCUGGCACCUAGGGAUGGAGGAGAGAUUUGUUUGGAUCAGAUUUUGAUACAGGCCUACCUAAUUUGUGCAUUCCAGAGCAAUACUCAAACAGCAAGAGAGCUAUCCUUUGAAAUUCACACUGCAACGAGUUUUGUGAGGCAGUUCUCCAAUCGAAUAAUGUGUAUUAGGGGCGUGUGUGCAUUAAAAAAAAAGUGUUAGUGAAAAUAACAUAUAAAAAUGCAUUUUAUCACAGGAAACUGCUCUAAGAUGCUGACUAGUUUUCGUGAGGACUUAAAAAAAAUCACAAACUGAUGCAAAAAUGUGGAGAACUGAAUUUAAGAUUGAAAAAAUGAGAAGCUGAGAGAAACUAAAAGGACAGAUACAUCCAUCCUUAUAGACAACCCAGCACUGUGAAUAUUUACUUGGAGGUCUCUGGGAUAAAUAGGGUUUAUUCCAAGUCAGAAUUGCAACCUGACUGUAUAUAGUAAACUUUGUUUUCCAAAUACAGGUGCUGCAGUUGUUGCUGGGGUGGCACAGAACAUAACCUGGUGCUGCUUUUCGGAAAGCAAGCUGUGCAAUGUGUUGUUGUUUUCCUUCCAAGACUGCUUGCAGUGGUAGACCAGGUUACAUAUUAGACCAAGCUUGUUUUCUUACUGAAAGAACACAAAUCCAUCAGGGCAGGGUUAUGCCAAUUUUCCCCAGCUGCCACCUGUUUUCUAAACAGAAAAAAAAUGCCACUUCAAUAUUUUGUGGUUUUAUAAAUUGUAAACCGGCCUGCGAUCUUUGGAUGAAGGAUGGUAUAGAAAGCUAAACAAACAAAUAAUCUGAAAGCAGGAUUUGGCAUCAUCCCACAGUACCAGUUGGCCAAUGGAAGUCCCUUUUUCUGGCAUAUGUGCUGGGCAAGCCAAGCCAAGCCAAGGUCAAUGUCAAUGUCACGUAGCGGAGAAAGUCACCCACCAACGUUGAUGCAGUGAUCCUUUGAUGGGGAACCUCUGGCCUGGAAGCAGAAUGUGGCCCUCCAGACCUCUCGAUGUGGCCCUUGGGACUGACUCCAGGCCACGCCUUUCACUAGCCUCCUUAAGGGCUUUUGCCUGGCCAGAAUGCGUUCUUUGACGUUGGAGAGAUGGGUGUUUGUGUAUGUGUGUGCAGAAACGUCUAACUUUUGUGUGGCCCGCUGUAGAGUCCCAGCUGUUGCUCUGUCCCCUUUUGCCUCUGGCUUGUCCACUUUGCGGCCCCUAGAAGGCUGCCCAUGAGGAAAUGCGCCCCUUGGGCAGAAGUAAGUUCUACUUGCCUGCUAUAAUUCAUCUUCAUCCAGGGGCGGGGUCCAUUUGUUUCAGAGGCAGGGCUAUGCAAAUGACGCUGAGGGGGAGGAGCCUCCCACAGUUCCAGGCAGGUGGCCUUCUUUUCACAGAGCUCCCACUCUGCCCCACGUUCCCCAUCCCUGUGGUUCAAAUCAAAGAUAGGGUAUUGAAAGCCCCUGUGCUGGUGUGAUUUUAUACUAUGUUAGUUUCCAUGGAAAGAAACCCAGCCUGUGCAAAUGAGCUGUGGCCCCUAGACCCACAAUGAACUGCACUAGUGUUAAAAGAUGCAGAUUGAACCCGCGGCAGGAAGAGCUCCCUUUGCCAGAGAGGCACAGGAUGCUGCCCAGUUCUUCCACUGCUUAACACCUGCUCUCACAUCUCCUUCACCUCCACAGGAAUCUACGCCAGGCCUCUGGAAUCCGCGGGGUCCCUGGCACCGAAGCUGAACGAAGAGCAGUUCACAGAGGUGAGGAGGAGCAACGUCCCUGAGUAGGGCUUUUCCCUCCUCCUGCUUCUCCCUCCAUGGAUAAUCAGGUGGAGAUAGGAAGUGGGUUAAAGUAGAUAUUCUUUUGAGCUGGGCCUGGAUGGGAGACAGAUCAGGAAACAUAUAUAUACACACCUUAAGUUUCAAGCGUAACAUAGGUGGUGGCUGGAAGAAGGAUCCACUCUCCCUGCCGCCUGCCAAUUUUCCCUGCAAAGGACACCCAGGCAGCCCAACACCACCUUAGUGUUAUGAAGCAAAUCCAAGGCAGGGAGCCUGAUAUUCUUCCCUUAGCAUAUAACUGUGGUGCUCAGAAGCCGUUCAUCCUGCAAGGGUGACCCUAGAAAUUCAACCUCUUGUGUUUUUAGAUUUUCCCGUGUCCCAAAAUCAGAUAACUACCACCGCCACCCCCCCCCCAAUCCAUUGCCUGCAAAUGAGGCCACAAUGCUGGGGCUCCAAGAUGGUCUGGAGUUGGCUGUCUUGGAGCCCUUCUGGCUAUUGUCCUUCUGACUUCCGGACAAGUGAGGGAGGGGGCGUACCCAUUUGUCCCCUAGCUCAGAGCAACUUCUUUUUGUCUUAACAAAUUUUUAUAUUUCUUCCAUACCACAUAUAGUGAUUUUCUUAUCAAAUGGUUCAGGAAUCCUCUGUGUACCUUAACUUUUUCAUACCAUAAAUACGUAUGCCAACCAAAUCUAUCAACAUAACCCUCCAAGUCUAAAUUAUCUGUAUUUUGUAAUGUUAUCCAUUCCCGAAGACAGCAAAGACAAGACACCUCAUAAUAUAUCCUUAAAUCUGGCAGGAAAAAGCCGUCUCUAUCUUUAAAAUCUAGUAGUACUUUAUGUUUUAUUAUUGGCUUCUUCCCCUGCUAGAUAAAUUUUGAAAUAUCUCUUUGCCAUUCCUUGAAGGGCAACUUCUUUUCUUAUACUAAUGAGUAUGACCCAUACUUAGGGGUCAUUAUGGCCCUUGACUGGCAAUUCAACGAUGGGAUCCUUCAUUAGAUUUUAACCCUUGCUGGAUCCAGGAAUUAAGUAUAGGCAUCAUACAGCCUAAGCCCUCCACAGGCUCACAGCAAUAUAUAUGGAAGCUCAGCCACCCAAAGGUACACAGUUUGGCAUUCAGCUCUCCACCUGUCAGAUAUUGAAUGUUGCCCCAUUCUUGGGCCUGGGUUCACCUCCACCAACACACACACAGCAAUCAGUUAUACAUUUCAGGGAUCUCCUUUCCACCCCCAGCAGACUUCCAGCCCUCCCCACCCUGCCUCCUCCUCCAUGCUCUGCAACAGCCACCAGGAAGAAACAAUGAUUCCAAAGCAAAGGCUUCCUUCCAGGGCGAAUCAGCAGGGGAAACGUUGAGAGACAAAGUCUAGCAAUGUAGUGAGAGUUCUGAUGAAUUCAGAUUUUCCACUAGUGGCACUCGGGGGACCAUCUUCUAUGGGCACCCUCAUUAUCACACAAUUAGCAUUGUUCCUAGCGCAUCUGUUAUUGCUCUUGAAAUUCUAUUAGCUGAUUCAUGCAGGAGGCCUGGUAUAUCCCUAGGGCUCUACAGGCCUCUUGAUGGCAAUCAGUUGGAGAUAUAGAUAUAGCUAUAAAAUCUCUCUCUCUCUCUCUCUCUCUCUCUCUCUCUCUGUGUGUGUGUGUGUGUGUGUUUGCUUGCCAAGUUCUCAGUGUUUGAUCAGAAAUGAAUCGUAUUGUGGAGUCACACUGAAAGAACUAUGAGUGCAAGAUUGUGGACUAGAACCAUGAGCAGCCUUAGCAGUGCCAGUUGGCAUGCUUCCUUACUAAAACUGAGGAUGGAGCAUAAGGCAGCUGGAGGGAGACUCAGAGCAAGUGGCAACAUGUACUCACCUCCCUGCUUUUGAAAGCCAUCCUUUUAAGCAUUCAGCAGAGAAACAUUUUUUUUUUAAAGGUAAUUUGUCAAAUCUUGUUUUAAGCUCACAAUGAGAUAUUUAACCUCAGAGUGACUGCAGCUAAUUUGGAGAAGGAUCAGCAACAACAGGCAUGCAAAGAACCCCUUUUCUGUCACCACAAUCCAUCAGGCGUCAGUCUCUGCAGUUCACAUUUGAAUUCUGGAUUCCUUCCUGUUCAACCCGUAGGCUAGAGCUUUGGUGGGGAACCUUUUUCAGCCUGAGGGCCACAUUGCCUUAUAGGCAGUCUCCUGGGGGCCACAUGCCACAGGCCAAAAGUGGAUGGGCAACACAGAAGCGACACUCAACUUUUUACUGUAGGCUACAUUCCAGCCACACACAAAUACAGAGGUUUGUGCACACAUGCCUCUCCUCUUCUGUUCAGGCAAGCAAGCAAGCAAGAUGCCUCAUCACAGCUCAAGGCACUUGAGGAAGGUGCCGAGGAGGAGGGUGAUGGGUGUGGCCUGAAGAAAGGGGUGUGGCCCCUGAAGGAGGCGUGGCCUGGGGGAAGUCCCAAAGGCCAGGAAAGGAGGUACAGUGGGCGGCAUUCGGCCCCUGAACUGGAAUAAGGUAAAGACCGAAGGUCACACUCCAGACAGAGUCAGAUGACUAUUCCAGAGAACAAAGGAGGCGUUGGAGAUAGAUGGAUGAAGGCUGAUUCCACAUGGUCAACUAACAAUUCAGUUCAUAACAAAAACCUGGAACGAACUUUUCAACUGGCCCAUCACAACACCUUAGCAUUACCCCAAGACUGCACAAUGCUGCUAACAAUUCAGGCAAAAACCACGAAAGUGCCCAAGAUGAAUCUGGAAUCAACCUAAAUGAAAGAAACAACAAGGUCAUAGUUUGUGGUGCUGCGUGGCAUCCAGUGCCAGUCGUACUCAGAGCAGGCCCACUUAAAUUAAUGUACAUGAUUACAUUCGUGAGUCUAAGGAGAACUUAGUUACCCAAGCCUUCUUCCCUACAUGUCAUGCACACACCACCCCAUCCAGCCACAACAGCAGCAGGCUUUAAAAUACAAAUAAAAAUGCCAUCAUAAUUCAGCCCAAAGACGGGAGAUUGCGGUUCCUGCCGACAGCCUUUAUUAUUUACACUGUGCAGACCACAUUUCUUGAACGGCCUUCUUAUUUUUUUACCCAUUAAAAUCUCACGGGGCAAUAAAUCUGAAGUGUUAAAAGUGUCUCUGAGACCUCAGCUUCAAAUAAAUCAUGGCUCAAUAGUCUUCUUCCCAAAGUCAGGAGGAUUGAGGCAAAUGAAGGUGGUCUCCAGAAUCUCAUCCUUUCCUCUUCUUUUCCUUCCUUCCUUUUUCUCUUCUUGUUGUUGAUCUUCUUUCUUUGGUAAAAGUAAUAAUAAUGAUGAUUCCAAUCAACUCUGGAACCACUUGCUGCCAGAUUUCUUUUUGGAAGAGGAUUGUGCAGAAUGCUACCUUGGGGAUGAUCUAUAAAUUUGUUUUACAGUAUUUCAUUUCUCUGCCCUGCUGUGAGGCUGAUGUUCUCCAUUUCAGUGCUGGCUGCAGCGAAGGGGAACCCCCCCUAUGUUCUAUGUGGCACAGAAAUGCAGAAUAUGAAGGGAGGGGAAGGUUAUGCUACUUUUGGCUUUCACAUCUUUAGAGAACAAGUGAGUUGUAUGAUUGUAAUGAUCACAUUAAGAGAAUCUGUGUGUUGCAGUGUUAGAGAGGAACUGGGAGACCAGAGUUUGAAUCCAUCACAAGGCUUGUCAGUCCUCUCAGACUAACCUACCUUGCUGUGGUGGUUAAAUGAGGAAGAGGAGAACCAUAUACGCCAUCUUGAGCUCUUUGGAGGAAAAAGCAGGACAGAAAUGCAAUAAAUAAAUGUAUUUUUGUUAUGUUUGUGAAUUGCUAGUCACAUAAAAAUCUGAUAAGUAACUUAACACAAAGAAGAAAUAUAGCAGGGAACCCAGUCCAAGGGCCCAAUCCAACUCUUGCGGUGGAUGAAUGACUCUGCAAUGGAUAGCUUCAAUUUGCUAUUCAAGCUACUCUUAAGCAGGAGGGGGGGAAAGAUCUGUUUUGUGCUUGUUGCAAGUUGUGGCCUCAAUUCCGAGGAAGCAAAAAUGCUUCCAAAGGCAAAAAAAUAGGUGGCAGCUGUGGAAAUCAUUCCCCGUGCUUGCUUGUCAUUUCUCUUAAAUUGCAGAUCCAUCUCUUGCUGUAAAGUUCUGAUGUUUUAGUGAUGAGGUGUAUUUAUGCAGCAUCAUUGCUUAGCUGCUUCUGCAGGGACUCUGCCUUCUCCACUGUUUAGUUUCUACUUUUACAAACGAGAGCUGUGGGGAGAAGUUUUUACCCCUGGAGCUCCACCUGGCUCUGUUUGGACGUCUAUGCCUUUCCGGGUGAAGCUUUAGGAACAGCUGUUCUCUCUGAGCCCAGUCUACCUCACAGGGUGGUUGUGAGGAUAAAACAGAGAGUGCUUUCAGCUAUAUAGAUCACCCUGAGUUCCUUGGAGGAAGGAUAGGAUACAAAUAGGAGGAAGGAUGAUCCAGAUUCAUCAUUAAGGGCGAGUGACUUCAUCGUUAAGGUUCAUAUGAUCAUUGUCAUUAAGACAAUGAGUGAUGCUGAGUGAUAGCAAAAGGGAAUAAACUGUGUGUUUUCUCCCCUUCUUUCCCCCCUCGCCUCUCCAGUAUCUCGAUUCUUACAUCAAGAAUUUCAGCAGCGACAUGUUCCAGCAAUUGCUGCAACACCUCCUACAAUGUGCCAAUGAUGCACGUAACAUAAUCAGACACGACAUCUGGCGGCAGAUGUUCCUCCAACUGUUCUUCAACUGCGACCAUGGAAAGGUAGCUCCAAUGAUUCUCACCUGGGCAGCCCAGGACCUCCACACAAAGUGCUCAGGCUUGCACCCUUGGGAGGUCACUUUGGUGCUGCUAACACAGAAGUUUCACUUCACCCCUGGAAGCGCACUCCAUUCUCUCUCGAGACAGACGAGAGACAGAAAUGCAGACCCUAACCCUAAAUGCAGAAAUGCAGUUUUGACUGAUGCACAUUUUGCAACGCAAUUUCCCCUAAUAUAAUGCAUUUGUGUAUGUUAUUUAUAUAAUAUACAAUAUAUAAUAUAUAAUAAUAUAUAAUAUACAUUAAUACAGUACAACAUUUCUCUAAUAGAUGCAUUUUCUUGUAUGCAUUGGAGAAGUGCAUUGCAAAAUUUGGAUACAUGCGGAUUUUGAAGGCUGGUGGAGUUUCACUUCUCAUAUUGUUUUUAAAAAAGUUGUUUUUAUUAUUAUUUAUUAAAUUUGUAUACCGCCCUUCAUCCAUAGAUCUCAGCGCAGUGUGAAUUUGAGUCGAGUUUCUCCCCAGACCCUAGUGGAGAGAUUGCAGGAUGUGUGCAGGAUUAUAUCUCUGCCAUCGUUAUUCCUAGUUAGGACUCCCCAAGCGCAGCUCUGAAUAGUAACAGUUUCUGGUCUAUUGGAAUAGAUCAGUGGUGGAGAACUUGCAGCCCAUGGGGCCUAAUCAGGCCCACCAAACUGUGCCUUUACCUGUGCUGUCCUGCAAGGCCCACCUGGCCCAGCAUUCUUUGUGACUAGCAGGGGCUCAGUGGGCAGUCCACAACCCUGGGGUGGCUCAUAGUCUCUCUCCUGCCCAACUUAAAAAGCAAGCAACUGAUAGGAUGGUGAUGGUGGGUCAACCGGCCCCAGAGCCACCGGAUCCUGAGCUCUCCAUUAGGAUAGUGACAGGCCUCUCAGGGAAACAUGGAAGUUCAGGACAGGCAUAAACUCAAGCAUCUGGUGGCAAGGGCUGUCAGGAAAUUGAAACGACCCCCUCCACUUUCUGCAAGGCCUGGCUCCAAAACCUUUGUGGUUGGCUUCUGGUGGGAAGGGGGGUAAUAGCGGGGAUGAGAAACAUUUUCCCAGUCCUACCAAGAAGCACCCACAAUGCUAGCAGAUAUUUGAGAGCAUCGCAAGCAGGCAAGUGGGCUUGGAUCAUUUCCAAAAACAGAGUGUAAAUUUAAUGCAUUUCCUUAGGCUUUGACCUGGUUUCCUUCCCGGUGCUGUAAUCAGUUCCUGCUGUACCUAGACCUCAAGGGAAAGCAGAAAAUGCAAAGGAAAUCCAUAGAAAAGACCUCUGCGAUUGCUGAAUUAUCUGUUUCUCCAUUCUCUCGCCCAGCUGAGCAUGCAUGUUGUUCCCAUUUCCUAAUUUUCACUGGCUUGGGGGCAAGCCUCCCUUUCCCAGCACCGAGUGGGGUCCUCCACCUCGCUCUUGAUUUCAGUCUAUAUGCAUCCCUAUUCCUGAGGCUCUAAACCUGGAUCGUUUGGGGAUGACACUGGGAAACCAGCAUUAAAUGACUGGAUCAGACUGGUUUAGGACCAUAGGUGGCUAUACCAAAACCUAGACCUAGGAGGUGGGGAUGGGCCAUAGCUGAGAAGGUCGAGCAUCUCCCUUGCAUGUCAAAGGUCCCAGGUAGGACUUGGCGAGAGCUUCAGCUAGUCACCAUGGUCUGACUCAGUAUAAGGCAGCUUCCUAUAUUCUCCAAAGUUAAUUUAUUGGUUUUGAGUGCAGAAGGUGCUGCUCUGUGGACUAGGCACAGACCAGGUUCUUAGUCUUUUAUUCCAGGGCUGGCCAAUCCAAAGGCUCCAUGCUGCCUGCCAAUCACAGAAGGCAAUGCUGCACACACUCCUUAUUCCAUAUUGUAUCUAAAAAAAGAACUCUGAGGCCUGAGGACAUGCACCCAGCCCUAGUUAGCUUCCUAGGCUAGAUCCCAGCAGUGGUGGACCUGGGGGGUCUCAAAUUUCAGAGGCACUCUGUGCAACGCCAAAAUUUUCCACCCUUCCACCUCUCACUUUCCAUUCUACAUCAUAGUUGUGGCGCCUACUGCAGCACCCUCAAGGAUCUCCUCCCAGUGCAACUGAACCAGUCGCACUCCUCUAAAUUCGCCUCUGGUCUCAGCUUCCCAGUUCAAACCUUUGAGCCUCUGGCAAGCAAGUCAAUUGCCUUGAAUCCCACUGACCCGUUUGCCAGGAUCACAAUCUGCCAAUCAAGCUUUUCUCUAGGGAUGGAUGAAACGAACAGAAACUCUCUUGGUUUCUCAUUCUUCCUGUCUUAAAUUGAGUUCUCCCCAUUUCCACAUCAGUUUGUAUUUUAUUUUAUUUUAUUUUUUGAAGUCUGCAUUAAAAUUUAUUUGCCUUUCACCCAACAGGUGCAUUUUCACCUAUCACUAUGCAUUCUGUACAUUGUUCUCACUCUAACGUUUUCAUGCGAACAUUUUUCCUUUGGUGGGGAAUAUGCAUUGUUUGGCUGGAGAAGUGCAGUGUUGCAUUCAGAGAAGGCUGGAUUUCAAAGGAUGCUUGCAUUCCAGUUUGUGACGCAGUUCAGGAUGUCUAAAGAAAUUUCUACUCCCCACCCCCAUCCCUUCUUCUGACACCCUACAUGCCCUGUCCUCAAUGCAAGAACCCCAGGCCCCAUAAAAGGCAGCUGGCUGGUUUUGAUGGGAGUUGUAGUCCAAAGCGUUUGGAGGGCUCCAGGUUGGCAAAGGCUGGACUAAAGCAAGGAAGACAGCUGCCUCUCAUCAGUCCAGCCCCUUCCCCAGGUGCUGCUGCCACUUCUACUUGCUGUUCGUAAGGAGCUUGGCUACCAUCCAGCCAUCUUGGGCCCGUUGCCAGCUCUCAACGGCCAACUCCAACCAUUUGUUCCCCUUCGUCAGUACAGGGGGAAAGCGACACAAAACCAAAUUACUAGGCAGCUGCCAGCCUCACAGCCAUCCAGCUCACAGAUUUUAAGUUGCAGUUGUUUGCCAAAAAGAGCCAGCGUGGUGUAGUGGUUAGAGUGUAGGACUAGGACCUGGGAGACUAGAGUUCGAAUCUCCCCACUCAGCCAUGAAGCUCACAGGGUGACCUUGGGCCAGUCAUGGCCUCUCAGCCUCACCCACCUCAGAGGGUUGUUGUGGGGAUUAAAUGAGGAGGAGAGCCAUGUAUGCCACCUUGAGCUCCUCAAAGAAAAGUUUGGGGAGAAAGAAAGAAAGAAAGAAAGAAAGAAAGAAAGAAAGAAAGAAAGAAUCUGUUUCAUUUUUGGUUUUUCAGAUUUGCACCUGGUGAACCACCACGCUGUGCUUUAAUGGGAAAGAGACUUCAGAACUGGAACCGUGAAAUAGCAAUACGCAUUAGCUCAUUAUGAAGUCGAAAAGCCACGUUCCUUUGGGGCUGCUUUCCUUUCCUUUAACCAUGUGUUUCCCCUCCAUUUUCUGCCCCUGUUUCCUCUAGAGUUUUCCUGCCUUUGUCAUCUCUUUGCCCUCUCCCUGGGAGAGAAGGACUCCCUUGUGCUGCUCCUUGCGACCAGGCAGUGAGGCCUGCUGGUUAUUUUCCUGUCCCUUCGAGAGAAGAGACAGGCUGCUUCCAGGGGGUGCCUGGAAUCUGUUUAAGAUAAGAACUACAUGCCCAGAGCGUAUUCAGAGCCUGAGCCGUAAAGCGUGGAAGCAGAGCCUUGGAGAGCAAAAAGUGGCUCAGAUUCACAGCACAUUGGCUAUCAACUGUUAUCAGCCAUGACUAAGGUCCUAAGUGGACUAGGACCAAAGUGUCUGAGUGACCUGUGGGCCAGUCACCAUCUCUCUCACUUUAAUCUACCUCACAGGGUUGCUGUGAGGAUAACGUGCAGAGGGGGAGAACUGCAUAGGCCACCAUGAGCUCAUCAGAAGAAAGGUGGAGCAUAAAUAUCAUAAGUGAAUAAACCUCCAUGCUCAGAAGCAGUCUAUCUCAAGGUACUAGAUGUGGGAGGAAAGAGAAAGCCAGCCCCUCCAGGACUUGUUUGUGAGCUCAUUAGAAAACCAGGUGCUCAAUUUGAUGGUUCUUUGGUCUGAUCAAGGGUGAAUUCUUACUGAUACCACCACUGUAGGUUGGUGCUAAAAAUACCACUUCAGAUCACAGCAACACAAAGAACUGUAAACUAUUAGCAAGCCUGGGGGAGUCCAGUUUAUGUGAGGGCUGCUGUAUGCAGUGAGGGGAGGUAUAUUUUAAUUUAACCUUUUCCUCCCGUGCCACGGUCCUGACAAAAAUUGCACCCUUCUGCAUCUUCCACUGGAUGGUGUUUGUGUUGUUGUUUUUAAACUGGUGUGAAGUAACACUCUUAACAUCAGGUCUAGUUUAGCCUUUAUUUGUAGAUUUCAUCUUGCUUAGCAUUUUCUGGAGAUGCUGUAAGCCCCUUUGAUUUGAGCAAACAUUUAGUGACUUGAGAUGUGUGAAUUAUUUUAGCAGCAGCAGCAGCAGCAGUAGCAUUUAAAAUAGGGUUUCAAAUGUAUUUUUCAAAUGUUUUAAGUUGGGUGUUCUGUUUCCAUAAGAUUCUUACCUGCCCUUGAACCCCUGUGUAGUUCAGAGCUUGCGUUCCAACUUCAGUGAUCUACUUUUCCACCACCCUCUCUGUAAAAUGGAGGAUUUCCCCCCAUUUGGGAACAACUCCAUAGCUGUCAAGUGUCCCUUAUUUGAAGGGACAGUCCCUUAUUCCAGCGCCAUGUCCCGCUGCUGUCCCUUAUUGAUGGAUGUCCCUUAAAUGAUGUCCCUUAAAUUUCAAAGGAAGCAGCUCCUCUCCCUCCCUCCCUGCUGGCCAGGGAGGCUCCAACUGUGUUGCUUGGCUGUGUUGCUCACCCAAUAAGAAGUCUAAGAAUGACUGGGGGGUGGAGCUUGCAUGCCUUGUGUGUGGCUAGUUAAUGCAAGCUGAGGAGGUUUUUGAAUGCUGGACGCCAUUUUGUUGCACGUGCUGCUGCAAACUUUGCAGUGCAAAGCCAGGCCGGGGAGCCAUCUUAAGUUGAGGCUGCAUAGGCCUUGUGGUGCAUGUGAUUCAGAUUCUAUUCAGUUGAACCUCUGGUUACAAAGUUGGUUGGACAGUGUUCUCAAAGCUACCAGCAUGAAGCUACCUCCUGCAGGAGGACAGGAAGACUGCAGUGCCUGGAACAGGUGAAGCUGCAGGUCCCUUAUUUUGGCUGCUGGUCCCUUAUUUUCAAAUCUGUAAGUUGACAGCUAUGCAACUCUGAUUUCACAGGCCAUCCAGUGUGGUUUUUGUAGUACUGUACAUGAACCAUCUAGAACUCAGUGGGAACUGGCAAGGCUUAAAGGUAUCUCUGUGCUCUUCUUUCCUAGGUGGGGCUCUUGGACAGACAGAGGAUAUUAUCUUUACUGGAGGUCUUCUUCUACAACUGCUCCCCACAUCACAAGAAGGGAUUCCUUGACCCCAAGAAAUGUAAGGCUGCUGUUAAUUAAAGGGCAAACACCUGGUUAUAGAGGAAUGUUUUUUCUUGGUGUCUGAAGAUAUAAAAUGAUGGCACCAGGCGAGCCUCCUUGGGGAGAGCAUUCCACAAGCAGGGAGCUAUCACAGAAAAGACCCGUUCUUAUAUUUUCACCCUCCAGACCUCUCAUGGAGGGGGCACACAAAGAAGGACCUCACAUGACAAUUGCAGGGUCUGGGUUGGUUCAUCAUAUCUCUGUUUUAUACAAAUUUUAAUGGUCUAGUAUGUUUAUGUUUUAGGGACGUGGGUGCCGCUGUGGCACAGAGCCUAGGACUUGCCGAUCAGAAGGUCGGUGGUUCGAAUCCCCAUGACGGGGUGAGCUCCCGUUGCUCAGUCCCUGCUCCUGCCAACCUAGCAGUUUGAAAGCACAUCAAAGUGCAAGUAGAUAAAUAGGUACCGCUCCGGCGGGAAGGUAAACAGCGUUUCCGUGCGCUGCUCUGGUUUACCAGAAGCGGCUUAGUCAUGCUGGCCACAUGACCUGGAAGCUGUACGCCGGCUCCCUCGGCCAAUAAAGCAAGAUGAGCGCCGCAACCCCAGAGUCGGCCACAACUGGACCUAAUGGUCAGGGGUCCCUUUACCCUUUACCUUUUUAUGUUUAUGUUUAUAAGUGAAAGUUGCUUGGAGACCUUAGUAACUAGCAAUUAUUAUUAUUAUUAUUAUUACUAUUCCUCCAUUCCUGUACCAUGCUUCCAGUUUCAGGAUAUAUCAACAGCACCACCCUUUCUUAUCCUAGGGCCAAUUAUAGAACUGGACGAUAUAGAGGUAGCUGAGUUUUGGGGGAAUAUGGAAGAUGAGCAAUUUUCAGAGAGGUCUAGCCUCAACAUCCCGUCGGGUGAACUUGGAUUAUCUGAGGAAUCCGUUGCCCUCAAGCUGCUCUUGAAAGAUAUCCUGUCUGACAUGGAGAUGACUGCACCUGAUAACAGUGAGGCCCCUGAGGGGUCUGCAGCUGCUGACCAAGAGAAAGCCGGGCUGGAGCAAGAGGCCAGCCCCAUAGGAAAGGAGGGUGAAGCCGUUCUAGCAACAGCCCUCCAAGAUGAAAUGCCAGCUGUAGAGCCAGGAUCUGGCGAAGCAGCCGUUCAAGAGGAACAAGAUCCAGCAGCCACAGCAGCUGCAGAGUCAGCCGCCCAAGAAACUGUUGUACCCGCUGGCAAAGAUGUGGUGCCUGUAACCACCCAGGGAUCAGCACCAGUGCUACCUGUGGAAACCCUGGAGGCUGACAGGAAUCCACAGCCCAGAAGUUCUGCUCCUGCUUCCCUCUUUAAUAUGCAGUCUGGGCUACAGCAGACACAGAACGGAGAACUGGGCCCUGGCCAAGAGCCUGGCUUAGAGGGUCAAGGUGCUGCUGCUGCAGAGCAAAGCAGUGCAGAAACAGCGGCAGCUCAGGAGGAGCCAGGAAAGGAGCGAGAGCCAGGCAGUCGGGGGCAGCUGCACAGGAGCAGCGAAGGUGUGCCAGGUCCAAGCAAACGGCCAGGACAGAAGCUUUCAGGUACAGUGUGUUCUGCUGUGAAGCAGUGUUGGGUUUAUGUGCUGGUCUCCCAUGGGUUGAUGAACGCCUUGCACUUCAGUAGCAAUUAAACCAAGGGCUGCAGAGCAUGAGGGCAUCAGAAAUGACCUGCAGUCUCAUUCAGUCCAACCCAGGAACGCGCUUUAUAGCAGGUCAGACUGCUUGUGUUUAGCAGGGAUGGGAGAACUUAACCAUGAGCCCGGGUCAAACAAUAUGCUAAGCCAAAGCUUAUCAGAGAAGACCAUACUGGGAAGUCUGCUUAUACCAUAUCUACAGUAGGGAACUCAAACAUCUGUGCACUGCACACCCACAGGCAAAGGCUUUGUUGUGCUCCUGCUGCUGGCUAAUAAAUGGAUACAUUCUGGGUUGUUUUAGGAUCAGCUGAGGUGGCUUCAGAUGCCAAGGACAUUUGAGGUGACGGUUUCUGAUAAUGACCACCUUUCAUGAGCUUUUGCAUUUGUAUGGAAACAGGCUGAGGAGGCAAGAGAGACACUUAGGGCUCAUCCACACUGACCUCUGCUCUGCUUUCUAGUCACAGGUCUGGUUUUUCUAGGUCCACAUCUGAGCAUAUAUAUUUUUGUCCCAGAGCUUUCCCUGUGAAAGCAUGUGUUUUACCACUGAAUUGGAGCAAACGGCAAUCCAGGGGAAACCUGAUUGCCAUUUGCUGUGAUUUGUGGGCGAAGUGCCAGGACACACACAAACAAAAAACUCCACUGCGACCCAGACCUGUGCCUGGCAAUGUGGCACAAAAGGAAGUGUGGAUGAGUCCUUAAAGAAACAAAACACUACUCGGUCCCUUACCUCCCCACAACCAUCACUCAGAUCAGAGCUUCAUUUUGGCCUGUUCUCAGAGCUGGUUUAUGCAUGCUUAACUCAAGGUGUGGCUCAUCAAUUGGAUUUGUUCAACCAGAAUGUUUUGUUCAACAAGAGUACCCACAGGUAGUUAAUGAAAACAGCUUUUUAAAAAAACAACAACAUGCACAUAUCCAUGCUCUUUGACUCACAACAAUUCAAGACUUCUCUGAUUUAGAUCUCCAAGCUACAUAUUCCAGAUCACCACUUAUUAGAAAAGGCAGGCAUUCGCAUGAUCCCAAGGGCCAAAAGCCCAAGUAAAAAGGAAUGUUUUUGUCUGACACCUAAGAAUAGGUAAAUAUAGUGUUGCAUGAGCCUCCCUGAGGAGAGUGUUCUACAGUCAGGAGCCACCACGGAGAAGUGCCUCAGCUGAUUAUUGCAGGGUCUGGCUCGGUUCAUGUGGGCAGAGGUGGUUUUGGAGCUGUUUGGGAUCCUGAGCCCCUAAGGCUUUAUAGUUCAAAACCAGCGCUUCAAAUUAAGCCCGGAAACUAACUGGCAGCCAGUGCAGUUAUGCUGGAAUUGGUGCUGUAUGUUCAGAGCGUCCUGCCCCAUAUAAAUGUUUAAAACAAAUGCAUAUAUAAAAAUUAAGCGUUUCAUCACAUGCCAGGGCAGAUCACACCAUCUUUAAGGCUCCUGUUUGCUCCAAAAUAUUAUAAGCGGGAAAAAAACAUGGAAUCACUAGCUAGGGGCCAAGUAUUGAAUAAUGAUUAAACCAGGACCAUGAAGGAGGCAGAUUGAAGUCUCUGAUAGCAGGGAUCACUUAUGGUCAUUUCCUUUAGCAUUUCCAGUUCAGUGAUCAUGGCUCAUGCUACUCAGUCAAGAAAGAGCCACUGCUGGGCUCACCUGAGGGCUUCUCCACCCUUUCUAGAGUGUUAACACUGCUGGCCAUGAUGGCCCUUCCCUACUGCUCCUAAACAGGCCUGCCACGUCAUCACAGAAGGCUUGCUACGCCACCCUGAUGGGGCUCACCAAGCCUCAGGGUAAACAAGGCAGGCUGCACUGGAUCUGGGUAGGGGGCAAAGGUGUGGAGAGUCCCAGGACACGAGGAAAGCUGGAGCUGGGAGCUCAGAGAUGCUUAUACUUUCAAAUGGGGGGUGGAGAAAGAGAUACGUUUGCUACAAGCUGAACCAAAAGCUCAUUUUAAAUGCUAAAGGGAGAAGUAAUUAAGAUGCUACAGAUCUGGCUGCAUCUUCUUAGCUCAGAAAGAAAUCACGGCAGUGAGGUGCAAAUGUAAACCACAGUUUACAUGAGCUUAACAUCUGUCCAGAGCAAUGCACAAAAGUGCCAGCAUUGAAACACACACACACCUGCCACAAUUCAGAACUGUCCUGCAAUCUCAAGUAGCUUUAUCAUGCAACCAGCUCUGGCUAGCUUCUGCUUUUGGGGCUUGAUCUUGGUCUUCCAUCCUUGCCUAUUCACAAACAUUGUUUUCUUCCUCUCUUAGUUUCAGAUUUGCUCUCAAUGCCUAGUGGGCUAGACAGCGAGACAUGUGAAAAGGCACCUCAGAAGAUAUAUGGAAAGAUAUGGUCAGGUGAUUGCACCCAUCAGCAUUCUUCAACAUCCUGUUUCUACAGUCUGCAUGUAGCUGUUGGAGCUCGGCCUCUUUAGCAGCCUGUUUUGUGUUGCCUCCCCUUCCUGCAGGUGACCUUCAGACUGCUGACCUGUCCUUCGUGUACACCGACUAUGGCAAGGAAAUCCGGGAGGACUGGAACAAUGAAAGCACCAGGUUUCCAGGUGUGAUGUUUUAUUAGAGCACCAUAAAGUAAUCUGGUUCAGGCUACACAGGAGUUCAUUCACAGAAAUGCCCCUGUAGUCCAUUUCUGUGACAAAAAGGACUUUGCUUGUGAGUAGGGAUGGGGGUAAAAUAUGAUUCAGUUCACAUGUAAAGGCAAACCUACCAUGCUUGCACUUUCUGAAACAAUGCACAAACCGAAACACAGCCAACUUUAAGAAUUCACACUUCUCCAAAUUUUGCAGUUCUGUUCUCCAGCCAAGUAAGUUGUACAGAAAUGCAUACAACUAGUGGAAAGUGGUGAAUUUCAGUAUGGGAGCUGUGAGCAGCAAAUGCAUUAAUGAUUAUCUGUGCUCACAAUGACAUCCAGACUGUCAUACAUGAUCCUGCUUUUGAUAUGGUUUGAACUUGCAGAGUUUCCAGGGUGGGAAUACUGCUUCAUUUCCAAUCAGUGCAUGUCCCAUAACUUCUUGCUGAGAUCCUGUAACAUUUUAUUCCACAAACGUUCUGGUGAUUUUUUUGCCUUGCUUUUUUUACACUGUGGCAUGAGAGCGCCUCUCCAGAUUUUGAUGAUGCUGUAACAUUGGGGAUGCAUCACAGAACAUCUAAUAAAGCAGACUAAUGUGCGGAUGGUCCAGUAUAAACCCACCACUAAUACAUUAUUAUUGGGCCAAUGACAUACUGCUGCUUACACCUGGAAAAAAAACAUUCUGGAGUGACCGUGGGUUCUUCUGCUUACUUAUUUUCACUUGUUGAGCCCUGAAAACACCCACAGCUUCAAAUCUGUAUUGCACAGGAUGUAACCUUCCCUCCUCGCUUCUAGACCUGCGCAUGAAUAUGAUAGAAAUCCAGGCCCGUGGGCCCCCGUCUACCAUAAGCAGCUUUGACAAGGAGUCCCUCAACCCGCCGCAGUUUGUGCAGCUCAUGGAGACCUUUGUUGGUGAAGAAACGACUCUGUCAAACGUGAAGAGGCUUGUGGAAUUUGUGAAGGAAGGUUACGUGCAAACAGAGAAAGAGAAGAUCAGGCAGAUGGAGAGAGUAAGCAGCAACAUCAUUUCCCAAAGUAUUUUCUCGGGUUAUUGUUCGAUGAAGCAGGACACAAAUCACCUGUGUGGAGUCUGCCUAAAAUCCAUGCAGUGAAAAGACAAUUGUCCUCAUUAUAUGCAUCUGGGAUGCUCCUCUGGGCCUUGGGAGGGUCUUUGUUUUUUUGCAGGUACCCUUACGCAAACCCAUAAGCCACUGGUGGGGAUUGUGUGGCCCUCCAGAUGUUGUUGUAGUCCAACUCUCAUUGACCCAAACUGGCAGGCUGAAUGGCUAGGGAGGGUAGGAGUCAGGCAUGUCCCAGGACAUUUUGCCUCUUGAGGGAAAGCAGAAAAUGACACACACUCUCUGAAGCCACUUGCCAAAGCCACCCUCCCACCCUCCACCUGCCAAAGCUGGCCUCCAUCACUACCACUGAAGGUGACAGGGGAGAAGAAAGUAGGCCAGAGAGGAACAGGUAGUGGCAGCAGCAGCAGUGGGCAACAAGUGCAGGAGAUGGCGAGUGGUACAAAGCAUUUCUCGGGGACCCUGCCAACUGUCCCCUAUCUUCCACCGGAGGCAACUGCCUCACCACACCUCACAGGGGGGCUGACCCUGACUGGAACUGGAGUCCAGCUACAAAUUCCCCAUUCCUGCCAUGAGCCACAUAUUGUCAGAGUUCAGCACACUCCAUCUCCAAGCUUUUUCAACCACCAUGUUUCUUGAGUUUGUUAUUUAUGCGUAUGUGCUGAGCUUGUGCCCAUGAACCGCUGCAACUGGUGAUGUGCUGUCCUUUUUCUUUGCCUUCUGUCUCUAUCAGAUCCACCAGAAUUCUUUCUUGGUCCGGCAACAGCUCCUCUUGGCUGCGCUCUUUGAGAAAUGGGAUAAUGAAUGCUCUGGGUUCUUGGACAUGCAGGAAGUGGAUGCUGUUCUGUCCACCUUUAAGGAAGGGAUGGAGCAAGAGGCAUUAAACAAAGGUAGGAGAAAGGCUUUCUGCUACCUUAGUUUGCUACUGAACCAACUCAGCUUGGUUCAGCUGUAGCCUUCAUCUUAGUUGCAGCAGCAACAGCAAAAAGCCUUGUGGCACCUUGAAGGCUCAGUAGGGGAGCAUCUCCUUCACCCAAAUGAACAGGCUUUAAGAUCUGCUGGGGAGAGCAUGCUUUCCACCAUCUACCCAGUCUGCUUCUAGACUGUCACUACUUUCCACACCAGAUUCAGUCGCAUAUGGGCAAAUUCAGGUUGCAUUAGAGUGGAUCUGGAACUUAGCACAAGGAAGCUGCUUCAGAAAAUAAAAUAAAACCAGGCCUUUGCAGUUAGGAAAAUGAUGGGAAAAGGCACUGGAAAAUGUAGGAUAAAAAUUGCUUGACAUUUUCUCAUAUAACCUCCCCACAAUAUUAUCAGAACAAAUCAAUAAAUAGCAUCUGCUGUGAUCAGUUUUAAACAUUGUGUUUGUUGUGAUUUAACAGAGAUCCUGUUCUUUUUUAUAUACAGAUUUUAUAACUCUUGUUUUAGGGUGGUAUUCAGCUAAGUUUUACUCAGAAUAGACCCACUGAAAUUAAUGAACAAGAGUAACCUGGGUCUAUCAAUAUCAAAAAGUUUAUUGUGAGAAAAACUUAAAUGGGAUAAUUAGAUGUGAGCUAAAAACUAUGGCAAAUCCUGAAGCUGAGAGAUGCUUUGCCUGCCAUAUGAUAUCAGUAUUGACAGGGUCACUCAGCUGCCCUUUGCUCCAAGAGGCACAGAAACAGGAUAGCUGCCCUGAUCCAGCCCUUAAUUCUCAUUGCCCAUAAAAUUGAUUGGCCCUUGAAUAUUUGAAGAGGACUUUAUCUUGUUCAAAUACUUUGUUUUCCUAAAAGUCCCCCAUUCAUCAUCUUGCCCUUUAACCUCAUUAUACAUAUUGAUCACAGGCAUAUGCCAUUAACAACAGAUUUCACAUUUCUAUUUUUUCCUGUAUUGAUUACCUGUUCACCUGAUAUACCAAACACCUGGAAGCUUUUCUUUCUAUUCCUGGGAUCCCCACAAUUUUUACUUGUGCAUGAAAUAAAAAAUGGAAGCCCGGCAAUUUUCCAGAGAGAACUGCAUAGGCCAAAAGAUAGAAUAGUAAGAUUUUUCUAUUUAUUGUCUCUUUUUCUGCACUUCCUAUUGAGAACUUUUCUUUGAAAAAUAACGAUUUGGAAAAACUGUACAAGAGCUCCCUCUUGUGUGCAAAGGUAUAUUAGCAGCAAGACGUCAUCUGCGGGUGAACACAGCAAGCCACUACUAGGUCAGACCAUUCAGUAUUUCCUACUGACAAAGGCUUUCCAAGGUUCCAGGCAGAAAAAGGUCUUCCCCACCCUUACUUCUUAAAGUCCUUUAACUGGAAAUGUGUGGACCGAACCCAGGACCUUCUGCAUGAAAAGAGGGUGCUCUUAUCACUGAAUUAUGGCUCCUUCCCAAAACAUGAAAAGUUAAGAUUCACCCCCCACCACCACCGUUUUCUAUAAGAUUAAAUUCAAGGAUCCAGUUGUUCCCAACAACCCGGUUAAAAUUGUAUUAAAAUCUGUAGCUAUUUUUCAAAGCCUCAAAAUAAGAAGUAAAUAACCACACUGUGUGAUCCAAGUUUGGGGGGAAGGAACGAUGGCCACAAGAUGUAGGUUGUCACUGUUGUAGUCAUCAUCCUGACCACAUGGCUGAAGGGUGGGGUAUACGCUUUUCAUAACGAACAAAAAAACAAAGGAGAGCAAGCACCUGCCUACUGUUAAAAACUAUUGGAUCUGUUCCUUCUUGACAUUUGAAGGACACUGGUGUGAAGAAUGAACUAGGGGAAAGGUGGGCAUAUGGGAUUGCUUGUGGUCCUGCCUGAUCCUUGUUUUUCGCUACCUGCAUAGCCAAGCUGCAGCUCCCCAUACCCCAGUGGCAUCCUAGCGGGAUUGUGAAGUUAUCCCAAAGAGACUUCCAAACUUACAUGGAACUGGUUGUCUCUGAGCUCACCGGCGACGAAGACGAACUGCUGGAUAACAUCGUGGAGUUUCUCAUGAUGGCAGUGGAGCGAACCCACACAGAGCGAUUGCGAGGCAGUGCGCGGAGGAAGUGGCUGCUCAAGAUCGAGCAUGCAGCCAUGACUAAUGGAGGGUGCAUCAAACCGGUGUAUGAUGUCCUAUUCAAGGUUCUUUGUCGGGUGAGUGUUUCUGACACAGUCUUUCCCUACAUGGAAAGGCCAAUGUGUUUGGGGGUUUUCCAUUUUGGGGAAGAAGAUUAGCUGCAUUGAUGGAGGGCAGAUUAAUCAAUGACCAAAUGGUAGCAAAAUUACACCUCCAUGUUCCUGGUAGCUAUCACUGGGCUUAUAUAACCAAAUGAUGGAGAGAAACGAAGAGAUGCGGUCGACUUCUGGCAAAAUACUGGCAGAGUGCUGGGCUAGGUAAACCUUGGUCUGAACCAGCAAUGGCAUUAUGUAUGGGGCAAACUCAGGUACUGAGACAGAUUCAUGCUCCUGUGAUUCCUCUUAGCAGUGAAGACACAUUAUUGUAUUCAAACAACUGGAGUUCUGUGCCCAGUUAUGGGGUCAGCCAUUCUAAGAAGGAUGUAGACAAAAGACAAACAGAGGAGGGCAAUAAAGAUGGACAUUUGGACAGUAAAUCUUGUGAAAAAAAUUCUGAAGGAAGUGGACUAUGUUUGGCCUGGAGAAAGCUGAGGUAGAUUAUAAUAGUGCUGUUGAAAUACUUGAAGAAUUGUGUCACAUAGAAAAGAGCAGAUACAUAUUCCCUGUUGCCCCAGAGGGCAGGACUCGAUAUGAUUGGCUUGUUACAAGAGGUUAGGUUUUGACCCUCUUAACAAUUCUAUUAAAUUGUGGGAUAGUCCCCAGUGUCAUUCACCUGCUGAUAUGUUGUCAGAACCUCAACUUGCACAUACAGGUUUUUAAGCACAGGUUGGAUGGCCACCUGUCAUGUAUGAUCCAGUUGAGAUUCCUGUAGUGCAGGGGCUGAACUAGAUGACCCCCGGGAUCCCUUCCAACUCUGCACUUGUAUGAUGAAUCCCACAAAAAGCAGUGAGAUUUGCAUGCCUAUGAAAUUGUUUCAAAUGAAUAAGCAUGCAGACUUGGGGAGAAACAGAAUGAGUUCCAUGUAAAUGAGGGCUAGCCAGGAGCAUGGGGCAUGUGUAUAAAGAUGACCGGCUGAGGCAUCUGCCUUUCAUCUGCAGGACACAGAUGCCCAUGGAGACACCAAGAAGAUCAGUGCUUAUAUCGCCCUUUUGGAAUAUAACUUGGUUUCCCCAGAGCGAGGAGAUGUUCUCCUACACUAUGUAGCAUGCACAGAGGAUGAUGCUCCAUACGUCCUAAACCAAUCACUUUUCAUGGAUAUGGAAGGAGUCAGGUAAGAAAAACACCCACAAAGCUGUUUCCUUUUCUUGGGUGAUCAUUAGGCUUAAGUGUGGGAAAGACUGCACAUUCCGUAUGGGUGAUUAUAUUUCUGUGUUUAGCAUAGCAUGCAUUUUUGGUUCUGCAUUUUAACAUGUAGGAUCUGUAAUUGAAAGUUAGGAAAGAAUCGCAAAUUCUUUAAGAGACAAUUAGCAGCACCUAUUGUCAGAACAGAGGGUUGCAUAAGAGAAACAGCAUUAACCCUCUGUAGGCAAGAAGAAAGUGUCUUAUUGCGCUUUCCACUGUGAGUACAGAAACAUUACCUCUUGAGAACAGAAAAGAUAUCAGAGAGCAAAAAGCCUCCUCCCUCCCAAGUCUCCCUCAAAAAUCAUAAAUGAUAAAGUGGAGCAAAAUUAUUUAAUGCCAAUUGUGAGUCAUCCUUAGGGACAGGGACUGGUUCACAUUCAAAGGUGAACCUACCUAGUUUGGAGUUUCCAAAGCAACACAAGACCUGAAAUGCAGCCAUGGUUUGAAAUGUGCACUUCUCCGAAUUUUGCAAUGAAAGUGUAAAACAUGUAUAUACCUGUACUAUGGUAAAGUGUGCAUAAAAAUGCAUAUAUUAGUAAAAGUAACAUACACAAUGCACUAUAUUAGGGGAAAUUGAUUGCAAACUUGUACAUAUUAGGCAACACUGGAUACAAACGUGUAUACUAGGAGAUGAGUUUUCAUGAGGCCUUUUUUAUAUUAAAAAAUUGCAAGCUGAUGUGGAAGUGUGGAGAACUGAAUUUAAGACUGAAAAAAAAAAAAGAAAUGGAGAGAAACCAAAACUGACAAAUCAACCUAUCCAUUGUUCUCAUGCACAAUACACAAGAAAUCAACCUGGGGGUCAAGGUAGACGCGUUCAACCAUGCUGGGUAAACUUCCCAGAAGAAGAAUAACUACAAACAGAAACAAGACUCAUUUUCAUCUCGAGGUUAAGCAAGGGACUCAAGCAAGAGAAAUGAAGUGCCACAGCAGCAAAAUGAAGGUGUAAAUUCACUCUUCGUUACAUGGGAAAUAUGAAGGCAAUGGAUUUUGCACUCUCAGUGAUGGGUUUCUUAUGACCUCUUCUGACAAGACCCAUUUCCCCUAACAAAUUGCUCUUUCCUGAGAUGAGAAUGUUGGGAGUGUUCCUGUCCAUGCCUGCUGCUAUGAUGUUUUCUACCUAGGCACAUGACUCCUGAAAGCUUCUCCUCUUCCUCUUUUCUGCUCACUUUUUUCACUUAGCUUUGCAGCAGCACUAGAUGACAAGCCAAUCCAUGUCCCCAGAGUUCAGCUGCAUGGAAACAUCCACUUCUGGAACCAGGAUCGCCCCCUGGAAGAGAGGAAGGGCUCCUUCUUGGUGCUGCCGCUUGAGGAUAUCCGAAGAAGAGUCUUUGGUGUUCUUGGUCUGGACACUCUCCAGGACAAGAACGAGAAAACCAUCUUUGUGCCCCACGAAAUCCGUUUCUAUCAGGUGAGGGCAGCAGGGAGGCUGCAAGGGGACAGCCACAGUCACUGUGUGAGGGCCUGGCUGGAUUCUGUGAACAAUGUUCAUUCCUCUGGAGUAUGUGAUUGCAGUGGCGUUGCCUAUAGGAGUCCUCUGCUUCAAAAGCCCCUUUGAUAUGCUUAGUUUGAUAACGUUCCUGCUUUAAAAUUUUACAUUGUUCCCAAACAAAUUGUAACAUGUGUUCAUCCUCUAGGGGAUUGCAAACACGUUCAGCAUAGCCUACCACCACAUCCGCACCAAGGAAAGUAUCAUGCAGGUCAUCAUCACGGCUCUGGGAUGGCUCUUCACCCGUGUGUCGCUCCUUCAAACCAUCACUACGUACUUCAUGGAGCCUGGCGAGGACAGGGUAAUAUGCUAGCAAUUGCAAAGAGGACUGAGAUAAAGUAUGUGGAGCACUUAGGAAAAGCACAAAAAGGGGGCGGGACUUUUCUAUUCAUUUUUUCCCCCAGUCUUUUUCUUUUAGGAACAUAGGGAGCUGCUUCAUCCUGAUUCAGACCAUUGGUCCAUCUAUCUCAGCAUUAACUACACUGACUGGCAGUGGCUCUCCAGGGUUUGAGACAUUCCCAGGUCUAUGUGAAGAUGCUAGAAAUUAUAACUGGGACCUUCUCCAGGGAAACAGAUGCUUCAUCACUAAGUUACAGCCCUUCCCGAACUGUUUUUCUAACAAAUAGUACCAUCUCAACCUUACCGCCAUACACCACCAGAGGGCUGUGGUGGGCUCUGGUGCCUCUAACAAUUACAGUAGUACCUCGGGUUAAGUACUGAACUCGUUCCGGAGGUCCGUACUUAACCUGAAACUGUUCUUAACCUGAAGCACCACUUUAGCUAAUGGGGCCUCCUGCUGCUACUGUGCCACCGGAGCACAAUUUCUGUUCUCAUCCUGAAGCGAAGUUCUUAACCUGAAGCACUAUUUCUGAGUUAGUGGAGUCUGUAACCGGAAGCGUAUGUAACCUGAAGUGUUUGUAACCCGAGGUACCACUGUACUGUACUUGACAGGCAGUCAUUUAGCGGACAAAAUCCACACUCGCUCCAGGUCCUGUGGCAUUGAUCUUCACGUUAGGAAAAAGCUUCACCUGCUAAAUUUUUGCCUGUGACAGUGCUGUAUUAGGCAUAGGAGGCCUUCCAAGUCUGUUCCACACUCUGUCUCCACAUGUUUAUCACCUCGGGUCUUCUCUUCAGCGUACAGAAUAUCCAAGGUGGUAGACUUCCCGAGAACAGAGACCGAGAAAACAAAUCAGAAAGUAAACGUCAUCUUGCCCAUUCUGUGGCUUUUAAAAAUGCAGGGUAUGUCACUGCGGUGCCACACUGGAUAUAGAUUACACCAUCAGCACCAGCUUCUUAACUCAUGGGUGGAGUUGAGUUUAAUACAGUGGAGUGCAGACUGGGGUGGUUAAUCGGUUAUACUCCCAUCUGUUGCUAGACUCCAAGGUUCCUGACUAGAGGAACUUCAUCUUGACUACAGGUUGGUAGCCAUGUUGGUCUGCCGUAGUCGAUACAAAAUAAAAAAAAUCCUUCCAGUAGCACCUUAGAGACCAACUAAAUUUGGUGUUGGUAUGAGCUUUCGUGUGCAUGCACACUUCUUCAGAUAUCAUCUUAACUGUUGUUGCUCCUCUUUGCAUUAUGAAAUGCAGCUUGAAGUCAUGGCAACAUGCACUUCUCCUGAAAACUUUUAAACAAAAGUCUUGAAAAGAAGUACAAGAAACAUCUCCAUUGUGUCUGAUGGUCCUACCAAAGGCUUUGUGCAAAAAAAACAAUGUAGAGUUGAUGCAAAGGUCUUCUGUGGUUAGUCCUUAGGCUAUCAGCAGGUGGGGCUGAUGCAUUACUUAACUCUUCUUCAAGGGACUGAAGAUUAAAUUCUUACUUUGCAAGAAGCAUCCUUUGAUAUCAAGAUGGUAUCACGCUUUUGGCAGCAACCUAGUGCCCUCCAGAUAUUCUAGACUUCUAUCACGCCCAGCCUCUUGUCAUAACCCAAUGACAAGCUGAGCCCUCAUUGACAGUAUCCAAGGCUGGCAUAAGGGCUCAACAUUUUGCGGCACUUAGCAAAUGCUCUCACAACUUAGCAGGUGGUGAGCCUUUGGCCAUUCUCACUUAAGCAAUGUGUGUUGUAGCAUAUCAGACUAGAACCUGUGGCCCUGGCUUCUGUGAGAGGCAGUUUAUUGUUCUUCCACCCCAGUUCCAGUGAAACAUAUUCUUACGAACAAACUAAAUCUGGUUCUGCUCUGUUCAAACACUAGCAUUCAGUUAGCAUUUAAACACAAACUUACCCAGUUUGCACUUUUUGAAACAAUGAAAAAACCGAAAAGCAGCCAUCAUUUGAAAUUCUCACUCCUCUUAAUUUUGCAAUGCAGCUUUCCAACUAAGUGAUGUGUACAAGGAUGAAUAUGCAAACUGUACAUAAAAAUGUCUAUAUUAAUGAAAAUAGCACACACAAAUGCAUUAUAUUUGGGGGGAAUGCUUUGCAAAAACAUGUACAUUAAGCAAAAUUGCAUAGAAAAUAUGUGUAUUAGGAUAAAUUUGUACUUACCAUAUUUUUCCGUGUAUAGGAUGCCCCCAUGUUUAAGAUGCCCCCUAUUUUUAGGUCUCCAAUUUAAGAAAAUAGGGGAAGAUUGCCCCGUGUAUAAGAUGACCCACAGUUUUUCACAUAUUUUUUAAUUAAAAAUCCUAGUCAUAUACAUGGAGAAGUAUGGUAAAUACUGAUGAAUUUUCAUAAACUCUUUUUUAAAUGCAAGCUGAUGGGGACAUGUAGAGAACUGAACUUAAGAUGGGAAAAAUGAGAAACUGAGAGAAACCAAAACCGACAGAUUCCCUUACCCCUAUUUACGUAUAUUUAUGCAGAAAACUCCAGGUUCCACCCCUGGCAUUUCUGCUUGGGACCCUGGAGAGCUGCUGCCAAUCAGAGUGCACAGUCCUGGGCUAGGUGAGCAAACAGUCUGGCCUGGCAAAGUUAGCUUCAUAUGAUUCACUGGCCAAUAAUCUGUACUGUCCCUCAUAAUUUUUUAGUCUUUCUCCCCUCCCAAAAUAUUUACACAUCUAUUCUUGAGGUGUUUCCCACCUGGCAAGCUCUUUGCACUUUCUCUUUUCAAGAUGCAUGACUAUACCUUGCGUAAAGUAAUGACUGCAGAUCAGAAUGAGCCGCUGGAGGUCCAUCUCCCUCCAGGUCCUGUGGUCAGAAGAAGAGAUAACAUAUUCAGGUGAGCUUUAUUAUCAUCAUUAUUUUAAAUGUAUUGGUCCCCUUUUUUUGCCCUGGCAGCUCAAAAUGAUUUACAAUAUAAAGGGCCUAAUUAUAUGUUACAUUAAUGAUGUAAUUAGCCACCAUGUGGUGGGUUCUUAAAAUGUUUCCAGCCACACAGAGGUCCAUGUAUGAUUGCCUCAUGAAUGCAGCACACGUGGAAGUGUAAGCAUUCCCUCCCCAGCCACUCUAUUUUGCCUGCCUUGCUGUGAGGUGAGGUGCAGCCAGGAUGUAAGAGAGGACAAGGUUCAGGUCAGACUCUGGGAAGCACAAAACUCUGAAGGAACAAGCUGAAACUGAGCCCUUUUGUUUAGUAAUAGCAGCAGGUGCAGCCUGAUUGUUGGCACCACCAGAGCUGCAAAAUGUAGCCUUUUUCCAGCAGUUUCCUACUGCGACGAAGCAGGGGAGGCUCAGGUCGUCUAGGGUCUUCCGCAGUGGAGACCUAUGAAUCAGAAGAUGGCAGUACCACAUCCUUGAUUUGUGGUGGGGAGGGGACACUGGCCCCACAUAUUCUUCUGGUAGCAGCACCUCUGGGGCUAACCCUGUACUGCCUUCCCUUUCAGCUCCAGAGUCCCCGCCUCUAACUUCUGGUCCCUGAUAAUAUUGGUGUAAAGCACAGUAUACAUUUUGUUUGGAGAAUCAGGAUUGUCGUCUGCUUAUAAACAUACUGGUUGCAAUCUGGGUGCCAAAGCAUGCUUGAGGCCCUUGUUGUGGGUGUUGUCAGAUGUAUGAACAUGGGGCUCUGUCUCCAUUUGAUUACUGGUUUGAGGGAAAUUGUGCUUCUUUGUCCACGGCUACCCCACUGGUUACUGCAUCAAAAAUCAGCUCAUUUCAUGGCACUCGCUUCCACAUCCCGGGCUUAGUAUUUGGGGUUGCUGUUGGGUUGCAUGGACUUCAAUAGUCUCCUUUGGAGUAAUGAAGUUGUGGUUUGGAAGCUAAGAACACUUGCCUGGUUUUCUCGAGAGGCAACAUACAGUACUCAUCUUCCAAAGUAAACCACAUUGUUACUUCAGUUCUUAUCAAAUAUUCUUAAUUUUCUUAACCACAACUUCACAGGCUUAUCUGUUCAAUGCAGCUUUCCAAAGGGGUUGAACUUAGCCAAAGAGUUGUCUGCAUGCCUUUGGAGUCCCCUGCUUUUUGUUAAAUUCUACAAAGGAAAUUGUUCUUAUCUUGCAGCCUAGUGCAGAUGGCUAAGUCUCACUGCAGAUUGUACCAUGGUGGGAGAGGAAAUCACAGUGGGGACUCUAAGGCUGUGUACACAUCACUAUACAGUAAUGUCACCCCACCCCCCAUUUGGAUUGAAGCUGGUUUGGUGAAAAACACAUCAAAAUGCAGUAUUUAAUUAAACAUGUAACAUGUCUCUCCUAUAUCGGUCUCUACAGCCACACUACACUCCUCCAUUGUCUCCUGAGACAAACUGAUGCCAACAAUAUGUAUUGUGGCUAACUUUGUGUGUGUAUGCCACUUCCCGAAACAGCACACUGGAUUCAGAGGAAAUGGGAGCAUGAACGCAUCCCAAGAGUGCUCAUCUGCCAUCCUUCCUAGAUUGCAAGGCAGAAAGUACCAUACAACAAGCUUUGUAUGCUCAACAUUGCCUUUAGGUUUGUGUCAAACAGCUUCUACAAUGGCAGGUUGGCUGGAGCAAAGGAUAUUGUAGAGCUGGGAAAUGUUCAGAAAACGGCAACCAAAAUGAUCAAGGGGGUUGGAGCAACUACCCUAUGAGCAAAGACUGCAACAUUUGAGACUUUUUAAUUUAGAAAAAAGACGAGUGAAAGGGGGACAUGAUAAACGUGCAUAAAAUGUAAUGAUGGCCACUAACUUUGAUGGCUUAAAGGAAGAUUAGACAAAUUAAUGGAGGAUAAGGCUAUCCUUGGCUACUAGCCACAGUGGCUAUGUUCUGCCUCCAGUGUCAGAGGCAAGAUACCAGCUUUCAUAAAUCACAAGUGUGGACUGGGCUGUUACACUCGAGUUCAGUAUCUGUUUGGUCACUGAGAGCAAAGGAUGUUGGACUACAUGGGCCUUUGGCCUGAUCCAGCAAUGCUCUUCUUAUGUCCUCAUGGCUUCAUAUAGCAACUGAUGCAGGAGCAGACACAAUGAUGUAGAGUCUGUGAUAUUAUCAUUGUGAUAUUAACAAACUCUUUUGUUUUAGAGAUUACCUGUUCAAGUGCAUAGACUGUUCAGUGGUGGUUACCAUGUUUGUGUUUGAAGAACAUCGUAUCGCAGUUCCUCUGAGGAAUCAGAUGGGCCAGGCCAUUGCAGUGUUUGACGUCAACCUUGGAAGCCGCCAAAAGCUACCAACCUGUGAGCACAGAGACCUGCAGAAGAUGCUGAGGACAAUACAGGCUGCCGUUUGUGAGAUCCUGAAAGAGGAUUCUGGAGAGAAAGAUCCAUUCUACGUCUUGGGUAUUGUGCACCUUAGCUAGCAGAAAAAUUCUAUUGGUGCUGGUGGUAGUCAAAAAGAUUCAAGAUAUUUACAUUGGUCUCCAGAGCAUAUUCAAAGAAAAUGGGAGCAGGGACAGGAAGUCGGACAGACUUGGAUAUAUUAUUUUAUUGCUGGUUUAAACUGUGGGAUUAAGAUUCUUGGAAUAAAACUUCCAGGCUAUAGAUCUACUUGAGGCUGGCACCACCAGUAACAAAAUUUGCUUUAGUUAAUUUCUAAAAAGAGAGGUAGGGCUACCAGAAAAUUUCAUCCUCUGAGACCUGGAAGUCCUAUUUUCUAAUUCCAGAUGCAUAGAGACAAGCUGUGGUUUCUUAAUGGUGAGGAAAACGUACUGUGCACACGCUUAGGACCCUAUCUUUUUUUUUUUAACUUUACAACAUCUUAACCCAAAGAUUCUGGAGCUGAUCAGUGGAAUCAAGCCUUGAAACAUGUUUUACAAUCUCAAAGCAAGAGUGUGCAGCUGUAGAGCUGUUUUAAUUUUGCACCAGGGUACUGUAUCCAUUGUGAGCCAACAAGUUAAAAAUGGCAAGUCUGUGGACAGUGCAAUUGUGUUAUUCUUACAUAUAUUCCAAGCAGAAUUUAAAAUAACAUAAAAUGAUUCAAAGUUCCUAUAGGAAUGGUUCCCUAGGUACUCAGAGCAUCUAUGUAGAUUGGCAGUUUGCUCUGGAGAUGCUUCACUUUGUUUCCCAGGGUAUGGUCUGAAGUCAUAUAAGGCCACCAUCUAAGCAGGUCUGUGCCUCUACACAGCUCAGUGGUAUAGUGUCUGCUUUGCAUGCAGAAAGUCCCAGGUUUAAUCCCCCACAGUAUCUCCAGGUAGGGCUGUGUGAGAGAAACUCUGGACAGCUGUUGCCAGUAAGUACAGAAAACACUGAGCUAAAUAUACAAGUGGUCCAACUUGGUAUAAAGCAGCUCCCAGUGUUUCUAUAGCCUUAAACGUGGGUGUAGCCAGGAUUUUUGUUAGGAGGGGCAGGCCUUUUGUUGGGGGGGCAGAACCUCAGUUAGCUAUGUAUUUCUAUUGAUUUUUAUUGACGGGGGCAGCUACCCCUCCCUGCCCCCUUUACUUAAAGGCUAAUUAUUCAAAUGUUGGCUUGUCAUUCCAGAGGCAGAGUAUGUGGGGGACUGGAGGCGUGGGGGAGUCCUUUUCUACCGAUUCAUGCUGCAGGAGUUACAGAAUUGCAUCUGGAAUCUCGACCCUUUCUCUUCCUUCAGUGAAAUAAGGUGCUUUGAGAAGCCACCCAGCCUAGUGCAUACAAUACUUAAGUGUGCACUGCUGAUUUUGUACCCCCAAUGGGCUGGUACGCAGGAGGUUGAGGACUGGAAUUGUUGCAUAGAGGUGAGAAUCCUGAAAAAGCAUGAAGCCCAGAUUUCCCAGCCACUCUUCAUGUUUUUCUCAUAAACCUUCUAACAUUUAUGUUACUUGCACUACAGAAAAUUGAUGGAGAACUUAUUGAAAACAUUUGCUACUUUGACCCAACUGCUGCCUAUGUGGAGGUUCGACCAGAGACUCUGUACAAUUGCCUCCAUGGUAAGUGUAUUAUAUUUUACAUAAUUGUGGAACUGCCUGAUGGGAUUGACAUAAGAACUCUGUUGGAUGAAGUCAAAGGUCUAUAUAGUCCAACAUCCGAUUUCCCACCCUGGGCAAAAGGACACCUAUAGGUUGUCUACAAACGGGACAUGGGGAUCAUAGUUCUCUCCCACUGCUGUUCAGUAUAGGGUUGCCUUAUUUCAAAAAGUGAACAUCAAAAGUUGUUGAGCUAAAAAAAAAUUGUGAUAAUCAACACUGCCGACAUGGGCUGCCGUACAUCUGGAUAUUCCCGAACAUUUCAGCAUUUUCUGUCUGGAUGCUGUUUACGAGGACAAUACCAGCUAUGUCCAGGAAAUUCUGGACAAAUGGCAAGCCUAUGACAGUAGAGAGCACUGCCAUCAUGACUAGUUUCCAAUGGUAAUCUUAUCUUCCAUGAGUUUGAAAACUAUCAAAGUUAAUGGCUGUAGUGACCACAUCUUGUAGCAGUUAAUUCUGUAAGCUAGCUGUGCCUAGUUGGGACAACAGAGUAGCAAAAAAAACAGAAGGGAAACUCUGUGCAGGCUGCACAGAACAGAAAGGGAAACUUAAAACUUAAUUCCUAGUUCAUACAAAAGCCACUGUAUACUGUAUUCAUGGCUCUCUGUAUUCAAGGCUUGCUCUUCCACUGCUACAAUUGAGAUGGGUAUAUACACUGUAUUUCCAAAGCACAUUUGAAGCAUAUUUCCUCCCUCAAAGAAUUCUGAGCAUCGUAGUUUACCCCACAUGGGGUUCCCAGCAACCCUUAACAAUCUACAGUGCCCAUAAUUCUUUGAGGGGAUUGGAUGUGCUUCAAAUGUGCUUUAAAAUUAUGCUUUGGAUUCAGAUUUCAUUCUACCUUUUGUUCAUACACCUAACUUUGUUCUGAACUUCAAAUGUGACUGAAAACAUUUGCUAUAUUUUCGAUUUAAGAACCAAAGCCAUGCUUUUCUCCCAGUCUGGCUUUUCCACCUGCUGGUGGGCAUACCGACUCAAGUCAUGAUGCAGCUGUAAAUUAGGAGUGGCAUAGCUUGCAGACUCUAACCACAUUUAAGGAAAACUCAUUUUGAGACUGCAUCCCAACUAUACAGACCUUAAUGCAUAAUGCCGUUAGCAGCUGAUUUAAUGUGCAACCAUAAUCCAUGCGAGAGCCCCAAUCAACAACUCAACAAUCCACCAUAAUGUCCAUUCCUGGUAGUUGUUGAUGAGAAACUCACUAAAUGGGAUCUAAAUGUUUGUGCACAAGGUGUUGUGCAUGCACCAGCAAGUCCCAGGAAUCAUUCUUUCCCACAAGGUCCUGAAGAGCAGAACUGGAAGGAGCGCAUGAGGUCACAGUCAAAAGUGGAAAUCAGUCAAGUGAAACAUCAUGGUCAUGAAGCUAUGGGUACACCAAUGAUUAAUUUUAGUGAGGAUUUGUACAAAGGGAUAGCACAUGACACCAGACAUCUUUGCUGAAUCGUGCAAUGGUAGACCUGGAAUAUGUAAGCCAACUAGCAUGUUGUGAUUUUUUAAAAUUUCAAUUAGGUGCACACAGAAAAGCUGUGUGGAAGUUUCGCUCAGCUCCAAUGGAGUACCUCUACAACUGGGUGAACACCUGCCUAUCAUUAAUAGAGCUGGCAAAGAAACUUCAGCAUCGUCAGAGCAUGGCAACAUCAUCUACAGCUCUCAUCACUCCCACCCUGUCUCGGUCGCUUAGGUCAUCUCAGAUUUCGGCAAACACAAACUACACUUUUGCCAUUCCUUUAGUUUAAAAUUGUUUUGUGAUUUUUUUUUUUAAAGCAUUUAGAGAAUUUUUAAACACCCCCUUUUAUUCAUAGUUGGUGCUUGUCGAGUGUGUCCAUGUGCUUUUGGAUGUGAAAUUACCAGUACACUUCUUUGUCAAGCUAGAUAAGAGCCUUAAAAAUGUUCAGAGGUAAAUGUUCUGAUGCAAUAGGUGGAAUAAAGUGACCUUCAGGGGCCAGGUGGAUUGCUCCCAACUUCCAUUUAAUUCUGACAGCAGAGGGGGGGAUUAGAGGGAAGGGAAAUUACAACUUGUACCUCUUUCAAGUUUACACAAUUCACAAAUGAUUAAAAAGAGCAGCAGGCAGAAGGAGAAAAGAGCUUCAAAAUUAAAUUGUGUAUUUAGCAAAGCUCUUCUUUCUGAAGUGGCUUUUUAGAAGUCAUUUUAAGCUUGACAUGAUGAAGGGACAGUUUGUGUUUCACUUGUUCCCAAGGGGAAGCACACCUACGCUCUCAUUUUAAGGCAACUAAGAGCUUUUCCAUUGGCUAGAGCUUGAGAUGACAACACCUUUCAGUGUUCUGAUGCAAGAUUCCAUCUUUGCAAUAAUUUAUCUUUCAGCAGAAUCUUUUUUUAAUAAAAUUUGGGGAAAUUAAAAGUUUUCUCUCCGUUCUUUAGCCGACAAAAAACAAUGGCAUAUCUACCUAAUAUUCUGUAAUUUGAGAUUAUAGGUUGCUUUUAACGUUGCCUGAUAAAUUGAUUACAGUGUUAUUACAAUUUGUGAUUCUUCUGAUUAUCUGAUGCUUGAACAACAGCAAGUGAAUAUCUGCAGGGGGCCAGGGGGGUGACAUUUCAAGCACUUUGCAAUGAUGUUCCUGGGAACAGUGUCCUUAGCAAAAUAUUGAUACCAAAAGGUCUUUGUCAGCUCAGAAUUCAUUCACCAGCAAUUCUGCACUAAUACAAAUAGCUUUUUCUAAUAAAAAAAGAGGGUUGGAGAUGUU